AUGUCAAUGCAGCCGGUUUACAGAACCUACUCCACUGAUAGUGUGGGAAGUGACAGGGUCUUCACUGAGGAGGGAUACUACUACCAGGGGAUGCUCAAGGCCACCGAUGGAAGGAAAGGUAGAAUUAUCAUAGUGUCUUAUGGUUUUGGCUAGUCUAGUUGGAGUUUUAAUUGUUCUCAAAAAGAGAGACAGAUCUUUGCUUGGUUUAAUCUGGUAGAAAUACUUCACUUUUAUUGAACUUUUAUUUGAUUGAGUAACUGAUGUUUUUUUCCCUAGUUAUGAUUUCCUCUAAAAUCAUGGGACUCAUGUAUCUGUGUUGAAAUAUUUAGCUUUCGCUUGUUAGUUUGUAUUGCAAACGAUUACCUGCGAUUACCCAACUGUCGGUGGAUAUGACAGUUUAUGUCUAUGUAAUUAUGAACCACUAGGCCAAGUUAGUUUAUGUUUCAUGUAAGUAAAAUAUACAAACGGAGACAUUGUCCAUUACUGUCACAGCACUGCCAUGUUAUGGCUAUCAAAGGGCCACACCCCUUCAUGUGUCACUGGUUUUGUCCAGCCUUAUUGUUUUAUUAAAGUAUCACUCAAGUUUACUUUAGCAGAUUACUUUAGGACAGCCAAUUAAAACAUACGGUUGUGGACCAUAACUAAAUACAUGUUUGCUGAGAGAAUAGACCAAUAAAAAUAGUCUUGCUGUUUUUGAGAGCACUAUAUAUUACUAUGGCAGUAGACUGAAGGUUUUUGUAGGAGAUCGGAUACCUUCCCAAUUAAUCUCUAACCUCUGUCUCAGUAUCUCAGACUAUGAAAGGCUAACCCUUAACUCUAACCCUUGUUUCAGUAUCUCAGACUAUGAAAGGCUAUAGCCAUGGCUCGGAGGAAAGUGUUCCAGACUGUAAAUGAGCUUUACAACCAAAAACACACAAUCAGGAUAAAUGGAUUUCAAUUCCCAUUAUGAUGUUUUGAACUGCAACGUCUUUGGGCUUGGAAUGUUAAGUGUUUUUUUUUUUCAGUUACACCUUGACCUUUGCUUCUGUAGAUCAUAGUCAGUGUCACGGCAGGGGGACUCUUAGGAUGUAUCGCAAAUGACACCCUAUUCCCUGUAUAGUGCACUACUUUUGACCAGAGUCCUAUGGGUCCUGGUCAAAAGUAGUGCACUAUAUAGGAAAUAGAGUGCCAUUUGGAUGUAGCCUUACUGUUAAAAACAUAUCUGAGGGGGAUUUGACUUGGCUGCCAUGGGGAUGCUGCGUUGGCACGACAGGAAAUGUUUUGUGUGGCGCCUCACGUUGCCACUUCUGUGUUGGUGUAGUUUUUCCAAGCCACCAUGCAUGUGUGAUUCACAGGCAGUACCAGUAAAGGGAUUUGGCAUUGGUGGGGCACAUCCUCUCCUCUUUUGCCCUGCCCUAUGACUCCCCAGGCGCUGACAUUGUUCUAUUCUUUCUCAUUGUCACAUGAGAUCUGCUUUGAUCUAAGAGCUUAUCCUGAGGAUGAAGUCAAACUCUGUUUCUCAAGUCACAGAUGGCUUAUGAAGGAAUAAUAGCUUAAAUUCCCAUGCUAGGCUGUGCUUUGAUACAAUUGAGUUGUAGUCAAUGUUUACUUUCUCAAGCCGUCUCUAUAUUUCAAGCAUAGAUAAGAACAUAUAGCCGGCUACUGUAUUACGUUAAUGCUGUGUUAAACUACUGUACAGAAUGAGACUGAAUAGGGAAGUGAGAGUUAGGUUGCCUUGGCAUUGGACUUGCCAGGCUUGGAUCAGGUGCCUUGUUAGGCUGUGUGGAAAACAUUGUACUACUCACGCCUGCUGCUGGUAGAUGUGGUGGGAUAGCAGGACAGUUUUCACUCUUCCCCAUAAUCAGACAUGUGUUGACAGUCCCCUAGAGUUAAUAAUCACACGGUGGAAUCAAAAACAGACCUGAGAACAGUAUUACAAGGUGGAACAUGUUUACUUAGGGAGGAUGCUCUUCCCCAGUUGAGCAACAAAUAGUAACACUGUAAGGUACUCCAUCUCACCCCUCAUAUGUUGCCAAGGCAUUGUAAGGACUGUCCAAUGAAACUUUGAGAGUAUAUAUUUUGUAUUUGUUUGUUCUACAUUAUUGUCCUCUCUGAUCCAGUACUUGGGACAAAUGUGUUAUGGAUGUGAGCAUACCACCCCACUUAACUGUAUGAACUAUCACACUUUUUGUGAUCCCCAUAGACAUUACCUCAAAGACUACAGAAUUCUAUAUCUGUAUAACUCUUGGUCUCUUAGUUGAAGUUGAGUGUCUGCAUGCUGUUGAUAUUGACCAUCACUUUCUCUCUCUCCCAUAGAUGAACGGGACCGGGUACAGAAAAAGACCUUCACGAAAUGGGUCAACAAGCACUUGAUGAAGGUAAGAUGAGGACAUAUAACACCUCACUCUUGAGCUCAUCCCUCAUCUACUCUAAACUUUACAAUAACCAAAGCUGUAAUGGGGUGUUCCCAAAAAACAUGCACAACUAGAUUCAGCUCAUUGCAAUUCAAUGUGAUCAUCUCAUCCAUGUAUUUUAUAGGGGUCCAUAAUUCAUUCAGCAAUUUUAGAGGAAAGCAGCUGCAAGGGAGUUAAAACAUUGCAGUGCACAUACAGUUGAAGUUGGAAGUUUACAUACACCUUAGCCAAAUACAUUUAAACUCAGUUUUUCACAAUUCCUGACAUUUAAUCAUAGUAAAAAUUCCCUGUCUUAGGUCAGUUAGGAUCACAACUUUAACUAUUUUAAGAAUGUGAAAUGUCAAAAUAAUAGUAGAGAGAAUUAUUUAUUUCAGCUUUUAUUUAUUUCAUCACAUUCCCAGUGGGUCAGAAGUUUACAUACACUCCAUUAGUGUUUGGUAGUAUUGCCUUUAAAUUGUUUAACUUUGGUCAAAUGUUUUGGGUAUCCUUCCACAAGCUUCCCACAAUAAGUUGGGUGAAUUUUGGCCCAUUCCUCCUGACAGAGCUGGUGUAACUGAGUCAGGUUUGAAGGCCUCCUUGCUCGCACACGCUUUUUCAUUUCUGCCCACAAAUGUUCCAUAGGAUUGAGGUUAGGGCUUUGUGAUGGCCACUCCAAUACCUUGACUUUGUUGUCCUUAAGCCAUUUUGCCACAACUUUGGAAGUAUGCUUGGGGUCAUUGUCCAUUUGGAAGACCCAUUUGCGACCAAGCUUGAACUUCCUGACUGAUGUCUUGAGAUGUUGCUUCAAUAUAUCCAUAUAAUUUUCCUUCCUCAUGAUGCCAUCUAUUUUGUGAAGUGCACCAGUCCCUCCUGCAGCAAAGCACCCCCACAGCAUGAUGCUGCCACCCCCGUGCUUCAUGGUUGGGAUGGUGUUCUUCGGCUUGCAAGAUCCCCCUUUUUCCUCCAAACAUAACGGUGGUCAUUAUGGCCAAACAGUUCUAUUUUUGUUUCAUCAGACCAGAGGACAUUUCUCCAAAAAGUACGAUCUUUGUCCCCCAUGUGCAGUUGCAAACCGUAGUCUGGCUUUUUUAUGGCGGUUUUGGAGCAGUGGCUUCUUCCUUGCUGAGCGGCCUUUCAGGUUAUGUCGAUAUAGAACUAGUUUUUACUGUGGAUAUAGAUACUUUUGUACCUGUUUCCUCCAGCAUCUUCACAAGGUCCUUUGCUGUUUUUUGUUGUUGUUUUAUUUUUACUUUUUUGUUUAAAAUAAAUGCACUGUUGGUUAAGGGCUGUAAGUAAGCAUUUCACUGUAAUGUCUGCACCUGUUGUAUUCGGCGCAUGUGGCCAAUAAGAUUUGAUUUGAUUUGAUUUGUUCUGGGAUUUAUUUGCACUUUUCGCACCAAAGUACGUUCAUCUCUAGGAGACAGAACGUGUCUCCUUCCUGAGCGGUAUGACGGCUGCGUGGUCCCAUGGUGUUUAUACUUGCAUACUAUUGUUUGUACAGAUGAACGUGAUACCUUCAGGCGUUUGGAAAUUGCUCCCAAGGAUGAACCAGACUUGUGGAGGUCUACCAUUUUUUUUCUGAGGUCUUGGCUGAUUUUUUUUCAUUUUCCCAUGAUGUCAAGCUAGGCCUUGAAAUACAUCCACAGGUACACCUCCAAUUGACUCAAAUCAUGUCAAUUAGCCUAUCAGAAGCUUCUAAAGCCAUGACAUCAUUUUCUGGAAUUUUCCAAGCUGUUUAAAAGCACAGUCAACUUCUGACCUACUGGAAUUGUGAUACAGUGAAUUAUAAGUGAAAUAAUCUGUCUGUAAACAAUUGUUGGAAAAAUUACUUGUGUCAUGCACACAGUAGAGGUCCUAACCGACUUGCCAAAACUAUAGUUUGUUAACAAGAAAUGUGUGGAGUGGUUGAAAAACGAGUUUUAAUUACUCCGACCUAAGUGUAUGUAAACUUCCGACUUCAACUGUACAUAUCUAUGUGAUACACAGGACAACAUACCAGCUUAGAGUCUCAUUGAAGAAAUCACUUGUAACUAAGCCAUUAUCUGUGCUCUGUGGCUCUGAUUUGGAUAGAUACAUUACAUUCUCAACUGGAAUGGGAUAUACUGCUAAAAUAUUAAAGAAGGUUUACUCAUUACAUGGUAAAGAUAGUGUGUGCAUCCCAAAUGGCACCCUAUUCCCUAUACAGUGCAUUCAGAAAGUAUUCAGACCCCUUGACUUUUUCCACAUUUUGUUACGUUACAGCCUUAUUCUAAAAUGUAUUAAAUAGUUUUUUUCCCUCAUCAAUCUACACACAAUACCCCAUAUUGACAAAGCAAAAGCAGAUUUGUAUUAUUUUUUUGCUACUAAUAAAAAGAAAAAAUGGAUAACACAUUUACAUAAGUAUUCAGACCCUUUACUCAGUACUUUGUUGAAACACCUUUGGGAGCGAUUGCAGCCUCAUGUCUUCUUGGGUAUGACGCUACAAGCUUGGCAUACAGUGGGGAAAAAAAGUAUUUAGUCAGCCACCAAUUGUGCAAGUUCUCCCACUUAAAAAGAUGAGAGAGGCCUGUAAUUUUCAUCAUAGGUACACGUCAACUAUGACAGACAAAAUGAGUCCAGGAAAUCACAUUGUAGGAUUUUUUAUGAAUUUAUUUGCAAAUGAUGGUGGAAAAUAAGUAUUUGGUCAAUAACAAAAGUUUCUCAAUACUUUGUUAUAUACCCUUUGUUGGCAAUGACACAGGUCAAAUGUUUUCUGUAAGUCUUCACAAAGUUUUCACACACUGUUGCUGGUAUUUUGGCCCAUUCCUCCAUGCAGAUCUCCUCUAGAGCAGUGAUGUUUUGGGACUGUCGCUGGGCAACACGGACUUUCAACUCCCUCCAAAGAUUUUCUAUGGGGUUGAGAUCUUGAGACUGGCUAGGCCACUCCAGGACCUUGAAAUGCUUCUUACGAAGCCACUCCUUCGUUGCCCGGGCAUUGUGUUUGGAAUCAUUGUCAUGCUGAAAGACCCAGCCACGUUUCAUCUUCAAUGCCCUUGCUGAUGGAAGGAGGUUUUCACUCAAAAUCUCACGAUACAUGGCCCCAUUCAUUCUUUCCUUUACACGGAUCAGUCGUCCUGGUCCCUUUGCAGAAAAACAGUCCCAAAGCAUGAUGUUUCCACCUCCAUGCUUCACAGUAGGUAUGGUGUUCUUUGGAUGCAACUCAGCAUUCUUUGUCCUCCAAACACGACGAGUUGAGUUUUUACCAAAAAGUUCUAUUUUGGUUUCAUCUGACCAUAUGACAUUCUCCCAAUCCUCUUCUGGAUCAUCCAAAUGCACUCUAGCAAACUUCAGACGGGCCAGGACAUGUACUGGCUUAAGCAGGGGGACACGUCUGGCACUACAGGAUUUGAGUCCCUGGCGGCGUAGUGUGUUACUGAUGGUAGGCUUUGUUACUUUGGUCCCAGCUCUCUGCAGGUCAUUCACUAGGUCCCCCCGUGUGGUUCUGGGAUUUUUGCUCACCGUUCUUGUGAUCAUUUUGACCCCACGGGGUGAGAUGUUGCGUGGAGCCCCAGAUUGAGGGAGAUUAUCAGUGGUCUUGUAUGUCUUCCAUUUCCUAAUAAUUGCUCCCACAGUUGAUUUCUUCAAACCAAGCUGCUUACCUAUUGCAGAUUCAGUCUUCCCAGCCUGGUGCAGGUCUACAAUUUUGUUUCUGGUGUCCUUUGACAGCUCUUUGGUCUUGGCCAUAGUGGAGUUUGGAGUGUGACUGUUUGAGGUUGUGGACAGGUGUUUUUUAUACUGAUAACAAGUUCAAACAGGUGCAAUUAAUACAGGUAACAAGUGGAGGACAGAGGAGCCUCUUAAAGAAGAAGUUACAGGUCUGUGAGAGCCAGAAAUCUUGCUUGUUUGUAGGUGACCAAAUACUUAUUUUCCACCAUAAUUUGCAAAUAAAUUCAUUAAACCUCCUACAAUGUGAUUUUCUGGAUUUUUUUUUCUCAAUUUGUCUGUCAUAGUUGACGUGUACCUAUGAUGAAAAUUACAGGCCUCUCUCAUCUUUUUAAGUGGGAGAACAUGCACAAUUGGUGGCUGACUAAAUACUUUUUCCCCCCACUGUACCUGUAUUUGGGGAGUUUCUUCCAUUCUUCUCUGCAGAUCCUCUCAAGCUCUGUCAGGUUGGAUGGGGAACGUCGCUGCACAGCUAUUUUCAGGUCUCUCCAGAAAUGUUAGAUUGGGUUCAAGUCCGGGCUCUGGCUGGGUCACUCAAGGACAUAUCAGAGACUUGUCCCGAAGCUACUCCUGCGUUAUAUUGGCUGUGUGCUUAGGGAUGUUGUCCUGUUGGAAGGUGAACCUUCGCCCAAGUCUGAGGUCCUGAGCGCUUUGGAGCAGGUUGUCAUCAAGGAUCUCUCUGUACUUUUCUCAGUUUAUCUUUCCCUCAAUCCUGACUAGUCUCCCAGUCUCUGCCGCUGAAAAACAUCACCACAGCAUGAUGCUGCCACCACCAUGCUUCACCAUAGGGAUGGUGCCAGAUUUCAAUCUUGGUUUCAUCAGUCCAGAGAAAUGUGUUUAUCAUGGUCUGUCCUUUAGGUGCCUUUUGGCAAACUCCAAGUGGGCUGUCAUGUGCCUUUUACUGAGGAGUGGCUUCCGUCUGGCCACUCUACCAUAAAGGCCUGAUUGAUGGAGUGCUGCAGAGAUGGUUGUCCUUCUGGAAGGUUCUCCCAUCUCCACAGAGGAACUCUGAAGCUCUGUCAGAGUGACCAUCGGGUUCUUGGUCACAUCCCUGACCAAGGCCUUCUCCCCCGAUUGCUCAGUUUGGCCGGGCUGCCAGCUCUAGGAGGAGUCUUGAGGGUUUCAAACUUCUUCCAUUUAAGAAUGAUGGAGACCACUGUGUACUUGGGGACCUUCAAUGCUGCACACAUUUUUUGGUACCCUUCCUCAGAUCUGUGCCCCGACACAAUCCUGUCUCGGAGCUCUACGGACAAUUCUUUCGACCUAAUGGCUUGGUUUUUGCUCUGACAUGCGCUGUUAACUGUGUGACCUUAUAUAACCAGGUAUGUGCCUUUCCAAAUCAUGUCCAAUCAAUUGAAUUUACCACAGGUGUACUCCAAUCAAGUUGUAGAAACAUCUCAAGGAUGAUCAAUGGAAACAGGAUACACCUGAGCUCAAUUUCGAGUCUCAUAGCAAAGGGUCUACAUUUCUGUUUUUUGUUUUUUUUAUACAUUUGCAAAAAUAUCUAAAAACCUGUUAUCACUUUGUCAUUAUGGGGUAUUGUGUGUAGAUUGAUGAGAAAAAUACAUAAUUUAAUCGAUUUUAGAAUAAGGCUGUAACGUAACAAAAUGUGGAAAACAUCAAGGGGUCUGAACGCUUUCCGAAUGCACAUUGGAAUAGGGCCCUGGUCAAAAGUAGUGCACUAUAUAGGGAAUAGGGUGCCAUUUGGGACGUAGCUAGAGGGUCUUGUUUUCUGUCAGUGGCAGCAGAUGAAUGUUUCUGUUAUGAGUCACUAUACUCUGACUGACUGAAGAGCACACGGUGCAAAGCUUCAUGCUCUCUGCCUCUUGGCAAACUGUUGACCAAAAGCUUUUAAAAAGGCUUCAAUUGAUCAUAUGAGCAGUAAAUCGUUUUUUAUUAUUUAAUUGCUGCAAUUACAGCAUAUUUCUUGACUCAUCUUGGUUCACUCAAUCCACAGCUGUUCACAUGAUAGCGACUUUGAAAACUGCAAGAUAGGAAAAAACAAAUGUUGACCAUUAGGUUGAUUAGAAGCAAAUUUGGUCAAAUAUUUGAUGUUCUGUCCAACCGUCCGUCUCUGAAUGUACUUUUGACGUAGACGGUACAUAAUUAUACUGUAUAACGAUGCCAAUGGCCAAAUUACUGCAUCCAUUUCUCUGGUAGUUUAUCCAGCCAGCGGGUCAUAAAACAUACAAGUUACUACAAUGAUCACUGCUUGAGCAGUUUGUUAAGUGCAGACUAUUCAGGGUCUGCUUAACGAUAAUGGUAGAUAAGUGAAAGGACCUCAGAUGGCCUGAGAUGUCUUAGAGAGCCUGUACAAUGGUUCCCAUACAGGCCACUGUCAUAUUUCUACAGUGACAGUCACAAAAACAUAUUUUUGGUUGCCUGUUGUUGAAGUCCAAGUGUCUAUGGUAAGAAGAGGAAAACACAGGCAUCUGGUGCUGCAUUAAUAGAAUGAAUCAUCCGACAUUCCUCAAACGGAAGCUUGGUUUGCAUAAAAAGACUUGGAAAACCACUGUACUUUUACUGGAAAACAUGGAUUUGUACCAUACAGUUCCAUUAUGAUUCACAUAGUUUUCCUAAUAAGAUUUGGAGCUACUUGGAAAAUAAACACCCUACUUGUGCUGAAAACAUAUUUUCAUACCAGUUUUGAUUUUGUUCUCAGCACAAUGGCAGUACGUAUACACAUGCUAUUUCUGUGCUAUGUGUGAGAGUGAGUCACAAGCAUCUGGUCUCGCUUUAGCUCUAUGAAGGAGAGCGAGAUGGGCUGGAGUUUUGGGCAUGGGUCAUGUUCCACACACAUCUGGCCCACAGACAGUCUGGCCUCUGGGGCUCUAAUGUGCAUCCCAAAUGGCACCCUGUUCCCCAUAGGGCACAGGUCAAAAGUAGUGCACAAAAUAGAGAAUAGGGUGCCAUUUGGGACAUAGCCCUGGAGUGGGCAGACUGAGAGAGAGAGCACCAGGGUGGAGGUGAUGGACCCGUGAGGGUUUCUGGCUAGUGGGACACAUUACAGAGUUUUCAAUUAGUUUCUCUUGAAGAGAUGUUUCUGUUACUCUCAGUAUAUGCUGAGGCCCCUAGCAAGGGUGUCUAGGGGCCUCUUACAGUAUGGAUGUACAGUUGCUCCUGCUAUCCCACCCUCCUCAGAAGAGGGUGGAAUAUACUGUAUAUAUGGACUGUGUAAGUGUCAGUGAACAGAAAAUGAGGGAUUUCACUUAUUUGAAACAAUGUGGAAUCAACCAACUAACUAAAGCACCCUAGCAGUCUGCUGUACUAUAUCUCAUUGCUGAAUCAGAGAAGUCAAAGUGAGGAGUCUCUAUUUCCCUCUUCUUUUUGUUUUUCACCGGUGAACUCAAGUGUGUCAAACUCUGUGUGAAAUGUCUGUGUGAUUCAUGCGAGAGGGGCGUAGAUAUCCUCUGGCACGGGGACGGUUGGUGACUCAGAGCCAGCAGGUUUUGUCCUGAGUUGGUUCUCCAUUGUAAAGGAAAUCCCUCUCAUGUGGAUCUAGUGGACCUGUGUGGGUCAGGGCUUUGGCUGCCCCAGGGCUGUUUGGGCCUUGUUCAGAAUAGGACCAUGGGAUUAACUGGGAGGGAGGUACACAGGUCUAGUUGUGGAUCCUUGCCAGUCAGACACCUCUCAUUCCUGAGGGCUGUUGUUCAGGCAAAAUCAAGUGGGACAUCUCACUCUUCCUAUGGUCUUUUUCACUAUGGUGAAAUAUAGAUUUAAGUUCAGUGCAUACAUUUUACAUAUGAUUGGCAUAAUACGAAAACAAAGGCAUUGAGCAACGCAAGACAGUACUGUAUAUUUUACCCAAACAAUCUCACACUGUUUUUAACAUCUCUCUCUGUCAGUCAAAUGAACGUCCACCUUUUUGCUCAUUCUUCUUUCCUCUCCUCCAUUUCUCAUCCUGUCUUUCCAUCCUUCCAUCAGCACUGGAGAGCAGAGGUAGGUGCAGAUUGUCUGUGAGCAGGCCUGUUCAGAGUGCUGAGUGGACACGCAUUAUUUUCUGCAUGGGUUCUUUUGCGGCUCCUCUCCUCAGGCGUUCUAGCCGGGCACCUAAAUAUCUAACCUCUGUCCUAUCUGUGUCUCUUUCCCUCCUCUCUUAUCUUCCUAAUGUAAUCGCUGCUUCAGCCUGCCUGCAGAACAAAGUGGCCGACCAAAGCAUGUCCCAUCAAACCAAUCUGGCAAUUGCUUAGGACUAAGUGCUAUUUUAUUAGGUGGCAUAUGAAAGAUACCCUAUUAUCAAAUUAACUCUCAAGAGGCAUUGAAAUGUUUGACUUUGGACAAAGUCACUGUAAUUGCUACAGCAGGAGGUUGUGUGACCCUUUCUAUAAAUUGCAUCGCUAUUAGCUAAAUCAAAUUAGGAUAAGAAGAUCAACAAGUAGUUUUAUCAAUCUGUAAAUCAAAAUGUUUAAUGGAAACUAUUCAGGUCACUCAUCUAAGCCAGUGGUUCCCAACCAGGGGUAGUAGGACCCCUAGGGGUACUUGGCCUAUCCACAGGGGGUACUUGAGAAGCCUCAUGAGAACAUAGAACAUGUAAAAUGCACAUGAGAGGGUACUACAGGCAGAGCAAAAUGCAGUUGGUGGUACAGUAACCUAAAAAAGUUGGGAACCACUGAUCUAAGCAAUGCAUCUUCAGCUUCUCAGACAAACACUUGUUGAUGUUAGAUUUUUUGGUGUGAUGAUUUUGCUGUGUGUGAGUAGUAUAGUAUGAAUACAAUCAAGAGUUACUGACUGAUACCGACAGGGAUACUGUUGCAUUACUGGAGGUUUCUUUAGUUUCAAAUACAAUGGUGACUCCAGUCUGCCAAAGUAGUGAUUGCAAGAGUGUUUUAGCCUGAAUGACUGAAAUAGCAAAAGUCUUGGUUAUUAGUUAUUAUGGAAAAUUACAGGGCUCUAUGUUUGAUCCCUAAUCCCAGAUUAUAUUGUCAAGAACAGUGUUGUUCCUUCACGAACAGAGCUUUUCUGAGCACCGGUCUUGUUAGAUCAUGAGUAUUUACAGUACGUAAGCAGCAUUCAUUCCUCACAGCUGAUCAGCUUAUAGAUAACAGAGAAACCCUUUAACUUCAAGUGCAUUGAACCAUAAUGAAUCCAUUGUGUCUCUCUGUGACUCGUCUCUAACUGUUUCUCUUGACCUCUCCCCUCCCCAGGCCCAGCGACAUAUCACUGACCUGUACGAGGACCUUCGAGAUGGACACAACCUCAUCUCUCUGCUGGAGGUGCUCUCUGGAGAGACACUGGUGAGUCCCUGUGACCUUUGCCCUCUGACUGGAAGGAGAAGGACUUCUGUCUCUGCUACAACCUAUCCAACCUUCCUUCCCAACCUCUCAUUUCCUUCUGUCCCUUUUCCCCAUCCUACUCACAUCAGUUGCUUUUCAGUCCAUUAUACUAUAAUCUUUUAAUUAGUCAUUACAUCUUUCCUAUACUUGACGUCACAUGUAAUACACAACCUGGGCUGGUAGGUUUUGUUUUCACCACCUUCUUGCAUGUGUUGAAACUUGCGGAGAUACAGUAUGUGGUCCACAAACGAUACAGUACAUGCUUAAGAAUGCCUCACAAUUUGACUUAACCUAUCCAUAGCACUGAUUUGAAGUAGUUUUUGGUAAUAAUGCACUUUUUAAGUAAUAUCUCGUAGCAUUAAUUUAACACUAAUUUCAUAAUUUGCUUCUCUAACCUUUUUGCACUUGUUUGACCCCUGUUUUUCCUUUUCUAAUUCCUGUCUUGCCCUGACCUUUGCCCCCUUUGCCUCUGCCUCUUCUCUUGCCAUGCUCUUGCUGUGGUAGCUGAGGGAGCGUGACGUUGUCAGGAACUCGCGGUUGGUGAGUGGGUCUGGACUGUGUAGCGCCUCCUCGGGCGUGGCAUCUGUCACUCCCCCAGGUGGCUGCCGGGUUGUGCAUGUUGAUGUCACUUCCUUGUCUCUGUGUCCGCAACGUCAUUGUCCUCUUCCAUCUGUCGAAGAGCUUGCAGAGACUAGGGCUUUGUACCAAAUUGCACCCUAUUCCCUACAUAAUGCACCAUUUUUAACCAGAACCCUAUGGGCCCUGGUCAAACAUAGUACACUAUAUAGGGAAUAGGGUGCCAUUUGUGAUGCUCUCCAAGACAAAAUAAGCUUGCACUCAGGGUCAUUGAGUAGGGAAUGCAGAUGUAAGAUUAUAUUUUUUUGUGUUUUCCCAAUGGAUUUGGGGAUAUUGUGUGGUAAAUUACUGGUAGUGCCUAGUCGUUGUGCUUUGAUAAGCUAUGUGAGUGGAGUAGGUGCCUUGGAAGGUAUUUAGCCAUCUUUAGUUACUUAUUAGAAACACUGGGAUAUUUCCUUUAGUUUCAGCACUAGAUCAUUUCAUGUUCAGUCUGCUAGUUCCAUCUGUGUCUGCUAGUUCCAUCCAAGUCUUAGCAUAUUAGUACGAGGUCUCAGAAAGAGAUACAGGCAUCCGGUCAUUUGACCCAACUUACUGUAAACCGAGGCCAGCGUGACAUCACUGCAAGCCAAUAAGAGAUUGACAUGUACGGUAGAUGAGCUUGUGAUUGGCUGAGAGCUUGUGACUUGCUGCACCUAUGCAUGUAAUGGUGGCCGGAUAUGCAGGUCUCCUGCACACUUGACUAUUAUCUAGAGAUUGAGAAGCAUAAAGACUCUAAUCACUGCUGCUUGGCUCCAGGUAUCUGCUUGGUAAGAAUGGAUUGUGUUUUAGAUCAAAGUGUGAUAAUGUCAUUUAGGUAUAAUUUAUCUGCAAAAAAAAUGCUAGUUUGUCUCAGGGUCCAACUCCAAGGGUCACUUUUAUGUAAUGUUUAGAUUUUGUAAUGUUUAGAUCGAUGCAUUGAACAUGGAUGAAGUUAGUCUCUUGGAGCAAGCAAUGGAAGUGAUUGAUGAUUGGAGGAAUCCAGUAGCUAGAGGUCCAGGUUUAACAUUCUCAUCUUCACCCAUUCUCCUUAGAAUGUUCAUGCCUCUGGAUCUCGUUCCAAUGCUUUUCAAUAGGGCCAUGUAAAGCCUGAUGUAUAAUUAAGGGGUGACUGGACAGUCAUGAGAUACUAUGUUUAGCUCUGACCACAACUCAACCAAAUUUGGAGUCAAAUCUCAAAUUCAAUGUCCAUUCAAUGUGGUUGAUUAUAUAGGACCAAGACUGCUGAUUGAAAUCCAUAUAAAAUGUGUUCUCGGUCAGAAAUACCUUGUCUCCAGUCAUGGGGCCUGCUCUUCCCUGUCCUACUGGUAAUGUAUGUGUGUUCUCCUCUCUCUCUAAAGUUCAAUCUCUUCUCACAUCUUACAGCCCAGGGAGAAGGGGCGCAUGCGCUUCCACAAACUGCAGAAUGUACAGAUCGCACUGGACUUCCUCAAACACAGACAGGUACAGUGUGAUGAUUAAAUACAUCAAUAUAUCUAUGUUUUUUAAGUAAAAUGUCAUUUCUCAAUUGAACUGAUUCUUAUAAUAUAAGCUAAUAGUCCCAAUACCUUAUAAUCCAUUAGCUAACCAUUUAGAUAUAAAUUAAUCUAGAGGGCCAAUUUUCUAUAAGAUGGUUAUACAUACUUGUGUCCCAUUUGUGACAGGUUAAACUUGUCAACAUCAGGAAUGAUGACAUCGCUGAUGGAAACCCCAAGCUGACCCUGGGCCUGAUAUGGACCAUCAUCCUUCACUUCCAGGUAUGUCAUGCUUCACUCAUAACAUAACACGAACCAAUAUGUUUAUUAUUAUUCAAAUGAUAGGCCUAGGCCAGGGUGAUGGGAUCCAGGUAAAACAUCCUAUAACCUGUUUGUUACACUACAUUGCCAAAAUAUGUGGACACCUGCUUGUCGAACAUCUCAUUCCAAAAUCAUGGGCAUUAAUAUGGAGUCGGCCCCCCUUUUGCUGCUGUAACAGCCUCCACUCUUCUGGGAAGGCUUUCCACUAGAUGUUGGAUUGUUGCUGUGGCUUCCAUUCAGCCACAAGAGUAUUAGUGAGGUCGGGUACUGAUGUUGGGCGAUUAGGCCUGGCUGGAGCUGAGUUCAGGGCUCUGUGCAGGCCAGUCAAGUUCUUCCACACCAAUCUCGGCAAACCAUUUCUGUAUGAACCUUGCUUUGUGCAUUGUCAUGCUGAAACAGGAAAGGGACUUCCCCAAACUAUUGCCACAAAGUUGGAAGCACAGAAUCGUCUAGAAUGUCAUUGUACUGUGCAUUCGGAAAGUAUUCAGAGUCCUCUGAAUACUUAUGUAAAUAAGGUAUUUCUGCUUUGUAUUUUUAAUAAAUUUGCAAAAAUGUCUAAAAACCUGUUUUUGCUUUGUCAUUAUGGGGUAUUGGGUGUAGAUUGAUGAGGGUAAAUAAACAAUUUAAUCAAUUUUAGAAUAAGGCUGUAACGUAACAAAAUGUGGAAAAAGUCAAGGGGUCUGAAUACUUUCCGAAUGCACUGUCAACUGUAGUGUUUCCCUUCAAUGGAACUAAGAGGCCUAGCCCGAACCAUGAAAAACAGCCCCAGACCAUUAUUCCUCCUCCACCAAACUUUACAUUUGGCACUAUGCAAUCGGGCAGGUAGCGUUCUCCUGGCAUCCGCCAAACCCAGAUUGGUCCGUCGGACUGCCAGAUGGUGAAGCGUGAUUCAUCACUCCAGAGAACGCGUUUCCACUGCUCCAAUGGCGGCAAGCUUUACACCACUCUAGCCAACAUUUGGCAUUGCGCAUGGUGAUCUUAGGCUUGUGUGCGGCUGCUCGGCCAUGGAAACCUAUUUCAUGAAGCUCCCGACGAACAGUUAUUUUGCUGACUUUGCUUCCCGAGGCAGUUUGGAACUCGGUAGUGAGUGUUGCAACCGAUGACAGACGAUGUUUGCACGUUACGCGCUUUAGCACUCGGCAGUCCCGUUCUGUGAGCUUGUGUGGCCUACCACUUUGCAGCUGAGCCUUUGUUGCGCCUAGACGUUUCCACUUCACAAUAACAGCACUUACAGUUGACCGGGGAAGCUCUAGCAGGGCAUACAUUUUACAAACUGACUUGUUGGAAAGGUGGCAUCCUAUUACAGUGUCACAUUGAAAGUCACUGAGCUCUUCAGUAUGGGCCAUUCUACUGCCAAUGUUUGUCUGUGGAGAUUGCAUGGCGGUGUGCUGGAUUUUAUACACCUGUCAGCAACGGGUGUGGCUUAAAUAGCUGAAUCCACUAAUUUGAAUGGGUGUCCACAUACUUUUGGCCAUGUAGUGUAUGUUUCACCUGGAAGGAUAAUUUCUGAUCCUUGCCUGCAGUAGUAGGGAAAGCUACAGUAGUACACUAUGACUUCUCUGGGCCAACUAAUCAACUCCAAGCCCACCGCUUCUGUUGACAGAGCAGAUAUGAGUCCAAUUCAAUUAUUACAAAUCGGCCUCUUUUAGCGUUUGGCACCCGCUGUCUAUACACAACUCUACUACUCAUGAUUCCUAUAUGUCUGAGGGAUUUCAGACUAAACAUUUUUUUUAAACAUAUUGAAACACUCAUUUGAAUACCAUGUGAGGUUUUCAUCCUCAAUAUAACUCAAUAAAGGAUGGAAAUUAUUUCUCCUCAAAUGGGAGAUGCCGGGAGUAUUUGGUUAUUUGUUUAGCAGUUGAGAGUAUAUUGAAAAAUGGAAAAAGAAGGGCACAAGGAGAUUCUUUGUUUCUAUAAUGGAUAUACUGGUUAUACUGGGAUACUGGUGUACUGGGUUAUACCAGCAUGUGGGAUUCCGUCCACUCCAGGGUGACUCAGUGUUUCCUGUGGGGAGGCAGAAAAGAGAGAUGGGUAGGUAGCAGGUCUAAACAUUUCAACGAGUCCCACCGUUGGCUAUACUUAUUUUUUGAUGAGAGGAAUCUGAAUUCAUCCCAAAUGGCACCCUAUUCCCUAUGUAAUGCACUACUUAGGCCCAUAGGGACAACAUGAUUAUCCUUUUGUUUACGGUUUGAUUCCUUGAUGAAGUAGAAGGAAGUGGGAAUCUCUCUAGAUUCUCAUAAAGGCAAAUUGAUGUUUCCGUGUGGUGUACACUACCGGUCCAAAGUUUUAGAACACCUACUCAUUCAAGGGUUUUUCUUAAUUUGUACUAUUUUCUACAUUGUAGAAUAAUAGUGAAGACAUCAAAACUAUGAAAUAACACAUAUGGAAUCAUGUAGUAACCAAAAAUGUUUUAAACAAAUCAAAAUAUAUUUUAUAUUUGAGAUUCUUCAAAUAGCCACCCUUUGCCUUGAUGACAGCUUUGCACACACAUAAUGAGUACCUACAUAGAAGUGGGGUUUCCCCCACUACAGAGAAGAAGAGAGAGGGAUGGUAAGGCUUUGAGGGAUGGUAAAAUUUUUCCUCUCUCCACCCUUUCCUUCAAAAAAGCCUGAAAGUGGUAUUAGAACCACUGACAGUGUGCCACCACCGGCUAAACAUUGAAAAUGUCACAUUGGUCAUAAAGCAAACUUUCUUGUUCCAAUAAGCCUCUAUAAAAUGUAUUGUUAUGACUAAAAUAAACCAUUACUCCAUGGAUCAUCCGUUUUUUCUUUGAUUAUUGUUUUAUUUUUGGUGGUUGAGAGGGGUUUGGGUUAUGCAUUGUAUUUCUAGCAAGGCAAACAUUCAUUAUUUAACAAUGCAUUGAACACAGUAUGCAAUGCAGACGUAGUAUUGAGCAUUGAGCAACAGCAAUGAAACACUAAAGUAAACACAGCUCCACCAUUUACCUUACGUUACCUCAGUAUUGUUGAAGCUUCCUGUAGAUGCAAUAGUUAUCAUCUCUCUCACCAGAGGGAAAUAGACUGCUGAGAGAUUCUCGAGGCUGUACCUAUGACUCAUAGCUUUAUCUUCCAGCUUUGUUUAAGCAGGAAUUCGCUGCAGGAAUUCACUGCACCUUAUUAAAUUAUGUGCCCCAUGGAUGUUUUUACUCUCACAAGUUGGAUUCUGCAACCGGGAACAAAAGCUGUUUGGAGUGUUUUCACAGCAGCAAACUGCAAUGGAUUUCAUGUGCAUUUUACAUCUGACUGUUGGUUAUUGAGGUUGAAAAUGUGAGUCAUCUUAAGCCUGGAUCAAGUCAAUUUACUUAUUGGAAAAAGGUUUCCCUGCCUUUGAACUUCAAAUCAAUGCAUAGUGAUUAUACCAAAGCACGCACAGUUCUCUUCCAUUAUGUGCCCUUUAUCCACAGCCCAUAACCCUUUUUGCCAGCCUUUUUGCCAACCCAACCCACCACACCUUGAACCAUCUAUAACAGUGUUAUUCAGUCCUGGGGACCUACAAGGUGUGUUAGCUUUUGUUCAAGCCCAGUUCUAACACACCUGAUUCAAAUAAAUAACUAAUCAUCAAACUAGUUGAAUCAGAUUUGUUAGUACUACUAGGAUUGAACAAAAGCCUGUAUACCCUAUGGAUCCUCAGGACCAUGAUUAAAGUAUACUUUAUAGCCUGCCUUACCAAUACAAAUGCUUACCAAUACCCCCCUCCCCCAGAUCUCUGACAUCCAGGUGAAUGGCCAGUCAGACGACAUGACGGCCAAGGAGAAGCUGCUUCUGUGGUCCCAGCGCAUGGUGGAGGGAUACCACGGGAUGCGCUGCGACAACUUCACCACCAGCUGGAGGGACGGCAAGCUCUUCAAUGCUGUCAUACACAAACACAGGUGAGAUGCAUCCUUGAAGGAGUAGUAUUGAGGUGAUCUGACUGGGGCUUGAGGAAAUUGUGGGUGUCACGGGUGAAAGUUGUGCCAGAGGGAUAAAUGGACAUGCAAGAACACAUUUUUUAAGCUAUGCCUAACCACUUUGUGAUUACAUGCGAUUGCUUGGACCUGCUGUAAUAUACAGUUGAAGUCGGAAGUUUACAUACACUUAGGUUGGAGUCAUUAAAACUUGUUUUUCAACCACUCCACAAAUUUCUUGUUAACAAACUAUAGUUUUGGCAAGUCGGUUAGAACAUCUACUUUGUGCAAGUAAUUUUUCCAACAAUUGUUUACAGACAGAUUAUUUCACAUAUAAUUCAAUGAAUCACAAUUCCAGUGGGUCAGACGUUUACAUACACUAAGUUGACUGUCUAAAAAACAGCUUGGAAAAUUCCAGAAAAUGAUGUCAUGGCUUUAGAAGCUUCUGAUAGGCUAAUUGACAUCAUUUGAGUCAAUUGGAGGUGUACCUGUGGAUGUAUUUCAAGGCCUACCUUUAAACUCAGUGCCUCUUUGCUUGACAUCAUGGGAAAAUGAAAAGAAAUCAGCCAAGAACUCAGAAAAAACAUUGUAGACCUCCACAAGUCUGGUUCAUCCUUGGGAGCAAUUUCCAAACGCCUGAAGGUACCACGUUCAUCUGUACAAACAAUAGUACGCAAGUAUAAACACCAUGGGACCACGCAGCCAUCAUAUCGCUCAGGAAGGAGACGCGUUCUGUCUCCUAGAGAUGAACAUACUUUGGUGCGAAAAGUGCAAAUCAAUCCCAGAACAACAGCAAAGGACCUUGUGAAGAUGCUGGAGGAAACAGGUACAAAAGUAUCUAUAUCCACAGUAAAACAAGUCCUAUAUCGACAUAACCUGAAAGGCCGCUCAGCAAGGAAGAAGCCACUGUUCCAAAACCGCCUGUCACACCCUGGCUCGGGGACUCAUUAUGUUGAGCCAGGGUGUGUUCAUUCUAUGUUUUCUGUUUCUUUGGUGGGUGUUCUAGGUUGUCUAUUUUCUAUGUUUGCCGGUGUGACUCCCAAUCAGGGGCAACGAGUGUCAGCUGUCGGCUGGUUGUCUCUGAUUGGGAGCCAUAUUUAAUCUGUAUGUUUUUCUUUCGGGUUGUGGGAUUUUGUUCGUGUGGUUUCGUGUUGUACCAUAGACGUCACGCAUUCGUUGUUUAUUGUUUUGUAUUUUGAGUGUGGUGCUUUAACUAUUAAAGUAAAUAUGUUCGCUCGCAACGCUGCGCCUUGGUCUCCCUCAUUAGACGAUCGUGACAGAAAAUCCCACCAAGACCAGACCAAGCAGCGUGUCCAGGAGCCAUCGCUAAUAGAUCUCCGUGGCAGCUUCGACUGGGUCAAGCCCAUUGAGGAGCUGAGUGAAGAGGGUUGGAGACAGAGGAGCGAGAGGUGGGCGAGAAUGUUGGAGGCCUGGUCCACGGGGAGGAGAGACCCCCAGAAAUUUUUUAGGGGGGGGCUCACGACGUCGGGGCAGCAGGAGGCCGCUAUGGAGUGGUCCAGCGGGGUUGCAGAGGAGGCCGCCAGGUUACGGGGGCCACUGGUAGAAGAGGGGAUGGAAGGCGUAGAGGCACGGCGAGAGGUACUGGCGUGUGUUGCCAGUCCGGUCCGGCCCGUUCCAGAUCCCGGUGUAGAGCCAGUGGUGUGUGUCCCCAGUACGGUCCGGUCUAUUCCUGCUCCCCGCACCAAACCUACGGUGUGCGUCGACAGCCCAGCCCGGCCCGUUCCUGCGCUCCGCACCGAGUCUGUGGUGCGCGUCGCCAGCCCAGUUCGGCCCAUCCAAGCUUCUCGCAGAAAGCCUACGGUGUGCGUCGCCAGCCCAGCCCGGCCUGUUCCUGCUCCACGCACAAAGCCUACGGUGUGCGUCGCCAGCCCAGCCCGGCCUGUUCCUGCUCCACGCACAAAGCCUACGGUGUGCGUCGCCAGCCCAGCCCGGCCUGUCCCUGCUCCACGCACAAAGCCUACGGAGCGCGUCGCCAGCCCAUUCCGGUCCAUUCCUGCUCCACGCACCAAGCCAGGGGUGUGUAUCGUCAGCCCGGUCCGGUCCGUUCCUGUUCCACGCACCAAGCCAGGGGCGCGUGUCGUCAGUCCGGCUCCGGCCAGCGGGGCUAGACAGGACCAGGGGUACUUUGGGGGGUUGGAGAGGAAGUGGGGAUCAAGCCCGGAGCCGGAGCCGCCGCCGAGGAGGAAUGCCCACCCAGCCCUCCCCUGUUUUUGCUCGUAUUUAGGCGCGGUCGCAGUCCGCGCCUUUAGGGGGGGGUACUGUCACACCCUGGCUCGGGGACUCAUUAUGUUGAGCCAGGGUGUGUUCAUUCUAUGUUUUCUGUUUCUUUGGUGGGUGUUCUAGGUUGUCUAUUUUCUAUGUUUGACGGUGUGACUCCCAAUCAGGGGCAACGAGUGUCAGCUGUCGGCUGGUUGUCUCUGAUUGGGAGCCAUAUUUAAUCUGUAUGUUUUUCUUUCGGGUUGUGGGAUUUUGUUCGUGUGGUUUCGUGUUGUACCAUAGACGUCACGCAUUCGUUGUUUAUUGUUUUGUAUUUUGAGUGUGGUGCUUUAACUAUUAAAGUAAAUAUGUUCGCUCGCAACGCUGCGCCUUGGUCUCCCUCAUUAGACGAUCGUGACACCGCCAUAAAAAGCCAUACUACGGUUUGCAACUGCACAUGGGGACAAAGAUCGUACUUUUUGGAGAAAUGUCCUCUGGUCUGAUGAAACAAAACUAUAACUGUUUGGCCAUAAUGACCAUCGUUAUGUUUGGAGGAAAAAGGGGGCUACUUGCAAGCCGAAGAACACCAUUCCAACCGUGAAGCACUGGGGUGGCAGCAUCAUGCUGUGGGGGUGCUUUGCUGCAGGAGGGACUGGUGCACUUCACAAAAUAGAUGCCAUCAUGAGGAAGGAAAAUUAUGUGGAUAUAUUCAAGCAACAUCUCAAAACAUCAGUCAGGAAGUUAAAGCUUGGUCACAAAUGGGUCUUCCAAAUGGACAAUGACCCCAAGCAUACUUCCAAAGUUGUGGCAAAAUGGCUUAAGGACAACAAAGUCAAGGUAUUGGAGUGGCCAUCACAAAGCCCUGACCUCAAACCUAUAGAAAAUGUGUGGGCAGAACUGAAAAAGCGUGUGUGAGCAAGGAGGCCUACAAACCUGACUCAGUUACACCAGUUCUGUCAGGAGGAAUGGGACAAAAUUCACCCAACUUAUUGUGGGAAGCUUGUGGAAGGCUACCCGAAACGUUUGACCCAAGUUAAACAAUUUAAAGGCAAUGCUACCAAAUACUAAUUGAGUGUAUGUAAACUUCUGACCCACUGGGAAUGUGAUGAAAGAAAUAAAAGUUGAAAUAAAUCAUUCUCUCUACUAUUAUUCUGACAUUUCACAUUCUUAAAAUAAAGUGGUGAUCCUAACUGACCUAAGACAGGGAAUUUCUACUAGGAUUAAAUGUCAGGAAUUGUGAAAAACUGAGUUUAAAUGUAUUUGGCUAAGGUGUAUGUAAACUUCUGACUUCAACUGUACGUCCUUGGGACAUAGUGAACCCCUGUGCUCCUUGCAAGGCUCCACCUACGUUACAUUUUACAUUUAUUACUGUCACACUGCAGAAAGGCUGACCUCUUCAGAUAGUUAUGCAAUCAGUCGUCAAUCAAAUUCAGUCAAACAUUACAAGUACUUCUGAUUAUUUCAUUUGGAAGCGGUUUCAUUGAUGAAAACAUUUUAUUUGAUGUAGCAAUCACGCAUGUCUAGGUAUGCAUUCAAGCACAUAGCAAUAAUUCACUGAGUGUACAAAACGUUAUGAACACCUGCUCUUUCCAUGACAUAGACUGACCAGGUGAAUCCAGGUGAAAGCUAUGAUCCCUUAUUGAUGUCACUUGUUAAAUCCAUUUCAAUCAGUGUAGAUGAAGGAGAGGAGACAGGUUAAAGAAAGAUUUUUGAGCCUUGAGACAAUUGAGACAUGGAUUGUUUAUGUGUGCCAUUCAGAGGGUGAAUGGGCAAGACAGAAUAUUUAAGUGCCUUUGAACGGGUUAUGGUAGUAGGUGCCAGGCGCACCAGUUUGUGUCAAGAACUGCAAUGCUGUUGGGUUUUUCACGCUCAACAGUUUGCCGUGUGACUCAAGAAUGGUCCACCACCCAAAGGACAUCCAGCCAACUUGACACAACUGUGGGAAGCAUUAGAGUCAACAUGGGCCAGCAUCCCUGUGAAAUGCUUUAAACACCUUGUAGAGUCCAUGCCCUGAUUAAUUGAGGCUGUUCUGAGGGCAAAAGGGGUGCAACUCAAUAUUAGGAACGUGUUCUUAAUGUUUUGUACACUCAGUGUUUAUUAUAAUAAUAAUAAUAAUAGAUUGAAUUUGUAUAGCGCUUUUCAUUACGGCAAGAAUCUCAUAGACUCUCUUAAAACAACAAAACCAAACAUUUCAGUGAGCCUGUUGACAGUUCUGGGUGAAAGAUCGUCCACAGUCAUCCACAGAGGCAGGUGCAAGUCCAACAGGUCACAUAUCAGUAACAUUCAGUCAACGCUGGCUAAACGUUGGCUAAAUGCCUGUGUAAAAAGAAUAGGCAUAACAACGACCAACAACAACAUAAUGGGUCAGCAUGGACUUUUCAUGUUUGCACAUACUGUAUAAACACACACCCUGUAGGCUCACACACUACACACACACGACUCAGGAGAAAGGCACAGGAGGUGGCGAGGCGAGCCAGCUUUGAGGUAGUAUUUAGUUGCAUGAAAAGAGAGAGGAUUGUGACUGAGGGGUUGUGUCCCAUGAAUUUGAAAAUAAGAUGCCCACAGGGGUUGUGCUUUUAAGUCUCAGCAAGUAGCUGCACAGCUCAGGUAUGCCCAGGUGUCUCAGGUGUGUCUGCUAUACAAACUCCACACAGACCAAGAGCAAGACAGAAACAGACUGCAGAACGACAAAUCAACAAAGCAGUCUGGGCUCACACACAACUUAUUGAAUGAGGGAAAUGCAUGAGAAAGUCAUCUCUCAAUUCUAUGACGGUCAACGCUCAAGGCUUGCACAUUAUCUAGCUGUGGAAAGGGGAUACUAAAUCAAAGGCAAUGCGGAUAUAUGAGACACUGAACUGAAAAUGGACUGGAAAGCUUGAACGAUAGUUGUGUUUUGGGGGAGUGACUGCCGCUACAGUAUGAACGUCUAUUUUCUCGUAUCUGGAGUGUGAGAAUGCAACAUGAACCUUGUAAAAUCUGAAAAACAUCAGUCACAGUCUCAUACGGGGAUGGAUUUGGAAGACUGAAAGGAAAAAACUGCAAGACGAGAGUUUGAACACUGUUUGGACACUGUUGCAGUUGAGGACACCCACACACACCCUCACCAUGAUGCACAGUCUGAAGAAGAAGUUCCGCUCCUCCAAGAGACGGUUGAACAGCACCUCCAGCAGCACCCAGGGCUCCGUCAGUGACCUGGAGGACCGGGUAGUCAUGCUGUGUGAGGACAUCCCAGCUGAGAGCAGCUCCUUUGACUCCGGUCAGGGGUCCCAGAGCCCGGGGAAGUCCUCUUCCAGCCGAGGCUCCCAGAACGGGGAGCAGGAGGCAGGGUCUGGGUCAGGGUCAGGGUCAGAACCACUCAUAGUGCACCUGAGCAGGGACAGACACUCCUACAGACAGGCCCUCUACUCUGAUAUGGAGCAUCAGCCCAGUGGCCAUGGAGACUACUAUGUGCAGAGAGUUGUGCAAGUGUACGGAGGGUUUGAGAUUUUUUCAUUAAGAUGGUGGUUGGAAUUAACUUUGAUAGCCGUUUCCUUUUUGUUGCUACUUCUAGACAUUAGUUAUUUUCUAAAAGGGAAUAUAACAAUUUAUGCAUAUUUCACCUUUUUGUAAUUUGUUUACAAAACCCCUGUAUUUUGUUUAACCAUGCCAGGCUAAAUCCCUGGGAAAAUAUGAGAUGCCCUGUGCUCAUUCCAAGCAGUCAAAGCUUGUAUCUGCAUGUUAUUUGACUGCAAUUACCUUUAUUGGCAGUGUACAUGGAAUUACUUGCAUGUUUUAUUUGUACAUGGAAUUUCUAACUUACUGGUUGGUAGGAGCUCUUGUUUUUUCCUGCCCUGCUCCUGUCUGUAUUCACAUUCCUCUGAGAGAGGCAUGUCGAUCAGGAUCUAAUGUAGGCAGUCCAUCAUGAUUAAACUGCCUGCAGCAGGGUUCCCCAACUUGUUUUUUUUCUUCUUCAUUGUUGGACAUAAAAGACUGUAAAAACACCAGGAAAUCAAGUGAUUUAAAUUUUGGAAAUCUGUUCCCAAGUAUUCCCACGCAUAAUAGAGAGACAAAUGUAAGCAACGUUUGAAAUGAUUAUGUUUUAGUCAAAUAUUAUAUCUGUUUGGGCUUCUUGCGGUCAAUUUGCAAUCUACAAAUUAUUUGUAAUUAUGUUCCGGUCCCCCGACCAUCUGCAAAAAGAAAAAGGUUUUUCGAAAAUAAACUCUAUUUAAUGUUUUACCUGAAUGUUUUGCGGUUGCAAAGAUUAAUAUAAUACAUCCAUUUGCACUAUAUUCUAUAAGAAAAUACAGAUUCUGAGAUGCAAUUUCAUAGUUUUAACAGCCUUCUCUAUGUUCUGUCCCCAGGCCUACUCUGAUUGACAUGAGUAAGGUGUACCGACAGACCCAUGUAGAGAACCUGGAGCAGGCCUUCAGUGUGGCAGAGAGAGACCUGGGAGUCACUCGGCUGCUCGACCCAGAAGGUAAGGGAACUUGCUUGUAUUGUAUUCUCAAUUACUGUCAAUACUAUUAGCGGAUAUCUGUGAGUGUAUUUGUAUGAAUACCUGCAUUUAGCUUUUUAAAAAAUCUGUUUUUAACUUAUGUUCAUUGUCUCCCCUCUAUUAAGAUGUGGAUGUGCCACACCCAGACGAGAAGUCCAUAAUCACAUACGUGUCCUCCCUGUAUGACGUCAUGCCCCGGGUACCUGACGUCCAGGAUGGGGUGAAAGCCAAUGUGAGUGUCGUCUUCUUGGAACCGUAUAGGUCAUCACCACUAAGGGGCUUCCUCCUGGUCUCACCUAUGAGGUCACAUCUUCCCUAAACUUUAAGAUGUCUUUGAUGCUCCGGAGUGAAUUUUUCCUUGGGGACAGGUAUAGGAUCAGCUUCCCCUCCCCCAAUCCUAACAUUAACCAAUAGUGUGGGAAAUGCAAAACUGUCCCAAGAUUAGCAUCUAGAGGGAACUUCACCCUACACCAUGUUUGACCAGUGGUGUGAUGUUUAAUGCAGUCAUAUGGAGACUACCGUAAUUGAUUUAUACUGAACAAAAAUAUAAACGCAACAUGUAACAAUUUCAACGAUUUUACUGAGUUACAGUUCAUAGAAGGAAAUUCAUUAAGCCCUAAUCUUUGGAUUUCACAUGACUGGGGAGGGGCGCAACCAUGGGUGGAGGCUGCUUAUGGUUGAGAAAUGAACAUUAAAUUCACUGGCAACAGCUCUGUUGGACAUUCCUGCAGUCAGCAUGCCAAUUGCACGCUCCCUCAAAACUUGAGACAUCUCUGGCAUUGUGCUGUAUGACAAAACUGCACAUUUUAGAGUGGCCUUUUAUUGUCCCAGCACAAGGUGUACCUGUGUAAUGAUCAUGCUGUUUAAUCAGCUUCUUGAUAUGCCACACCUGUCAGGUGGAUGGAUUAUCUUGGCAAAGGAGAAAUGCUCAGUAACAGGGAUGUAAACAAAUUUGUGCACAACAUUUGAGAGAAAUAAGCUUUUUGUGCAUAUGGAAAACUUCUGGGAUCUUUUAUUUCAGCUCAUGAAAAAUGGGACCAACACUUUACAUGUUGCGUUUAUAUUUUUGUUCAAUAUAUUUUCAUUAAACUUUUCUCUAAUGAACCUUCUCCUGUCUCCUGUGUGUCCACCAGGAGCUGGAGCUGCGCUGGCAGGAGUACUAUGAGCUAGUGACCCUGCUGCUGCAGUGGAUCAGACACCACAUCAUCGUGUUUGAGGAGAGAAAGUUCCCUACCAGCUAUGAGGAGAUUGAGGUAAGUCUCCUCACCUAUUGGGGAAAUAUUUUGCUUGAUACAUGUAAGUGAAUAUUUUAAUUGUCUGUUUCUGAUUUAUAAUAAUUGUCUUAGAGACUUGAUACUGUAUAUGACAAAAGCUGUGUUCAGUUUUAACAGUGAAUUAGUGUUAGGGAGAAUCUAGAAUGGCGCCGGAGAAGAUGGCUGCCGUUUUACAGCCCUCUAACCAAUUGUACUAUUAUGUGUGUUUUUCCGCGUUAUUUGUAAUUUAUUUUGUACAUAAUGUUUCUGCCAUCGUCUCUUAUAACCAAAAAGAGCUUCUGGAUAUCAGGACAGCGAUUACUCACCUCGUAUUGGACGAAUAAUUUUUCUUCAACGAGGCGGCCGCGAAGGAUAUCCUACAGACACCCGACAAGGCCCAAAUCCCUGUCAUUCGCAUGAGGAAGAGACGGAGAUAUCGUGGACGUAGGUCGGGGUGCCUUGUAAGGAUCCGACGGCGAGCGAGUAAACUGCCUCUUCCAUCAAUCCUAUUAGCCAAUCUUCAAUCAUUGGAAAAUAAAUUGGAUGACCUAAGAUUACGGUUAUCCUACCAACGGGACAUUAAAAACUGUAAUAUCUUAUGUUUCACCAAGUCGUGGCUGAACGACGACAUGGAUAACAUACAGCUAGCGGGCUAUACGCUACAUCGGCAGGAUAGAACGGCUGACUCCGGUAAGACAAGGGGUGGCGGUCUGUGUAUAUUUGUAAACAACAGCUGGUGCACAAAAUCAAAUACUAAGGAAGUCUCGAGGUUUUGCUCGCCUGAGGUAGAUUAUCUUAUGAUAAGCUGUAGACCACACUAUUUAACAAGAGAGUUUUCAUCUAUAUUUUUCAUAGCCGUCUAUUUAACACCACAAACCAAUGCUGGCAUUAAGAUUGCACUGAAUGAGCUGUAUAAGGCCAUAAGUCAACAGGAAAACGGUCAUCCAGAGGCAGCGCUCCUAGUGGCCGGGGACUUUAAUGCAGGGAAACUUAAAUCCGUUCUACCUAAUUUCUACCAGCAUGUUAAAUGUGCAACCAGAGGGAAAAAAAAAAACUCUAGACCACCUUUACUCCAUACCCAGAGACGCAUACAAAGCUCUCCCUCGCCCUCCAUUUGGCAAAUCUGACCAUAACUCUAUCCUCCUGAUUCCUGCUUAUAAGCAAAAACUAAAGCAGGAAGCACCAGUGACUCGGUUAAUAAAAAAGUGGUCAGAUGACGCAGAUGCUAAGCUACAGGACUGUUUUGCUAGCACAGACUGGAACAUGUUCCGGGAUUCUUCAGAUAGCAUUGAGGAGUACACCACAUCAGUCACUGGCUUCAUCAAUAAGUGCAUCGAUGAUGUCGUCCCCACAGUGACCGUACGUACAUACCCCAACCAGAAGCCAUUGAUUACAGGAAACAUCCGCACUGAGCUAAAGGGUAGAGCUGCCGCUUUCAAGGAGUGGGACUCUAACCCGGACGCUUAUAAGAAAUCCCGCUAUGCCCUCCGAAGAACCAUCAAACAGGCAAAGAGUCAAUACAGGACUAAGAUUGAAUCGUACUACACCGGCUCUGACGCUCGUCGGAUGUGGCAGGGCUUGAAAACUAUUACAGACUACAAAGGGAAGCACAGCCGCGAGCUUCCCAGUGACACAAGCCUACCAGACGAGCUAAACCACUUCUAUGCUCGCUUCGAGGCAAGCAACACUGAAGCAUGCAUGAGAGCACCAGCUGUUCCGGAUGACUAUGUGGUCACACUCUCCGUAGCCGAUGUGAGUAAGACUUUUAAGCAGGUCAACAUUCACAAGGCCGCAGGGCCAGACGGAUUACCAGGACGUGUACUCCGAGCAUGUGCUGACCAACUGGCAAGUGUCUUCACUGACAUUUUCAACAUGUCCCUGACUGAGUCUGUAAUACCAACAUGUUUCAAGCAGACCACCAUAGUCCCUAGCCCAAGGACACUAAGAUAACCUGCCUAAAUGACUACCGACCCGUAGCACUGACGUUUGUAGCCAUGAAGUGCUUUGAAAGGCUGGUCAUGGCUCACAUCAACACCAUUAUCCCAGAAACCCUAGACCCACCCUAAUUUGCAUACCGCCCCAACAGAUCCACAGAUGAUGCAAUCUCUAUUGCACUCCACACUGCCCUUUCCCAACUGGACAAGAGGAACACCUACGUGAGAAUGCUAUUCAUUUACUACAGCUCAGCAUUCAACACCAUAGUGCCCUCAAAGCUCAUCACUAAGCUAAGGAUCCUGGGACUAAACACCUCCCUCUGCAACUGGAUCCUGGACUUCCUGACGGGCCACCCCCAGGUGGUAAGGGUAGGUAACAACACAUCUGCCACACUGAUCCUCAACACGGGGGCCCCUCAGGGGUGCGUGCUCAGUCCUCUCCUGUACUCCCUGUUCACCCAUGACUGCAUGGCCAGGCACGACUCCAACACCAUCAUUAAGUUUGCCGACAACACAACAGUGGUAGGCCUGAUCACAGACAACGAUGAUACAGCCUAUAGGGAGGAGGUCAGAGACCUGGCCGUGUGGUGCCAGGAUAACAACCUCUCCCUCAACGUGACCAAGACAAAGGAGAUGAUUGUGGACUACAGGAAAAAAAAGAGGACUGAGCACGCCCCCAUUCUCAUCGACGGGGCUGUAGUGGAACAGGUUGAGAGCUUCAAGUUCCUUGGUGUCCACAUCACCAACAAACUAUCAUGGUCCAAACACACCAAGACAGUCGUGAAGAGGGCACAACAAAGCCUAUUCCCCCUCAGGAGACUGAAAAGAUACGGCAUGGGUCCUCAGAUCCUCAAAAAAUUAUACAGCUGCACCAUCGAGAGCAUCCUGACUGGUUGCAUCACUGCCUGGUAUGGCAACUGCUUGGCCUCCGACUGCAAGGCACUACAGAGGGUAGUGCGUACGGCCCAGUACAUCACUGGGGCCAAGCUUUUUGCCAUCCAGGACCUCUAUACCAGGCGGUGUCAGAGGAAGGCCCUCAAAAUUGUCAAAGACUCCAGCCACCCUAGUCAUAGACUGUUCUCUCUGCUACCGCACGGCAAGCGGUACCGGAGUGCCAAGUCUAGGUCCAAAAGACUUCUCAACAGCUUCUACCCCCAAGCCAUAAGACUCCUGAACAGCUAAUCAUGGCUACCCGGACUAUUUGCACUGCCCCCCCCCCCCACCCCAUCUUUUUACGCUGCUGCUACUCUGUUAAUUAUUUAUGCAUAUUCACUUUAACUCUACCCACAUGUACAUAUUACUUCAACUACCUCAACUAGCCGGUGCCCCCGCACAUUGACUCUGCACCGGUACCCCCCUGUAUAUAUAGCCUCCCUACUGUUAUUUUAUUUUACUUCUGCUCUUUCUUUUCUCAACACUUUUUUGUUGUUGUUUUAUUUUACUUUUUUAUUAAAAAUAAAUGCACUGUUGGUUAAGGGCUGUAAGUAAGCAUUUCACUGUAAUGUCUGCACCUGUUGUAUUCGGCGCAUGUGGCCAAUAACAUUUGAUUUGAUUUGAUUUGUUUCUUUCAUAUUGGGGCCACUGUGGGGUAGCAGUUAUAGAAGUUACAGUUAUAGGCCUUAUGUCUUGCUUGAUAAGGAAAUACUCUAACUGUUUGUCUCUGAUUUCUGAGAAUUGUCUGAGGGAUGUGAUGAAACAAGAUCUAUGUUCAGUUGUCAUGUUGAAUUAAUUCAGCAACAUUUUAAAUCCACAGGUUCUUUGGCGCCAGUUUCUGAAGUUCAAGGAGACAGAGCUGCCUGCAAAGGAAGCUGACAAGAAUCGAUCCAAACACAUCUACAAGUCAUUUGAGGUUAGUAAAUAAACCUCUAAAAAGAGAAGAAGGUGCAAGCCGAAACACCCAGAGUGAAUUUUUUUUAAACUAAAGAAUAGUUACAUCAACUAACUGUAUCAAAUAAAUGCUGGCCCUUUUUUUGAAAGUCUUCCUGACUUGCCUGUAUGUGUCUGUCCUUGCAGGGUGCAGUUCAGGUCGGUCAUGUCAAGGUGCCCCCAGGGAUCCACCCUAUCGAUGUGGAGAAGGAGUGGGGUCAUCUGCAUGUAGCCAUACUGGAGAGAGAGCGUCUUCUAAGGACAGAAUUUGAGAGGUGGGUCAGCCAUUAUACAGACGUACAAAACUGUGGUGUUUGAGAUUAUACCUUCAUCUGUGAGAUGAUGCUGAAAUCUGUUACAAGUGUUUUUGUUAGAUGGAGUUUUGAGGAGAAAUUCUCGAUUUAGGGACUCUGUCACAUGGUGUUUCUGUUGUGUUUCAGUUGUUAAAGCAACCUCAGUUUUUAUUAGAAGUAAUAAAUGAAACAAGACAUAAAACAUUGUUAAAAAAUUGCAUUUAAACCCCAAAGGCUUCUGUAACUAUGUGACUGCUGUUGUGACGAGUACUGAGGCUACGAAGAGGCAGGAUUCAGACACAGGAAUCAACAAUGUAAAGGUUUACUUAACACUGAGCAAGAGAACAACAAAGAGCGAGUACACGACAAGACACUAACAAUCACACACAACACAACACUGAACAGUCCAGGGCUGUAUAGGGGUGGUGAUGAGAUGAUGAGAUGAUGAGAUGAUGAUGUGCAGGUGUGCUGGAGGUGAUUAGGGUGCGUUGGGUUUCCAUUCCGUUGUUGCCGAGGAGGUGCGCUCAGACCGGUGGCUCAGUGGACCGGUGAAUCAGAGCGCCGGAGGGGAGCAACGGGAGGAGACGUGACAGUACCCCCCCCCCCCCCCCCCCGGUCACGAGGCUACCGCAGCAGGACGUCACCAGCCAGGAGGAUGACCCCGAGGAGCGGGCCGGUCAGGGCCGCGACGGUGGAAGUCCCGAAUUAGGUUGGGGUCCAGAACGUCCCCAGCCGGAACCCAGCUCCUCUCCUCAGGACCAUACCCCUCCCAGUCCACCAGGUAACGGAGCCGUCCUCCACGGAACCUGGAGUCCAGCAGGUCCCUCACCGCAUAUCCUCAGGAACCACUGGCCUGAGGAGAGACACAUGAAAAGUGGAUGAGAUACGGUAGUGAGGGGGAAGGAGCAGCCGGUACGAUACCUCAUUUAGCCGCCGGAGGACCUUAAACGGCCCCACAAACCGGGGGCUCAGUUUCUUGCAGUGCAGGCGGAGAGGGAGGUUUUUAGUGGACAGCCAGACACGAUCACCAGGCUGGAAUACAGGGGCCUCACUGCGGUGGCGGUCGGCUUGGUCCUUCUGCCGACGAAUGGCCCUCUGGAGAUGGACAUAGGCGGCGUCCCAGACCUAUCCAGCCCUGCGGAACCACUCGUCGACAGCGGGCGCAUCGGUCUGGCUGGGUGUCCAAGGGGCCAGGGCCGGCUGGUACCCCAGGACGCACUGGAAGGGAGUGAGCCCUGUGGAGGAGUGAACGAGGGAGUUCUGGGCAUAUUCUGCCCAGGGAAGAAACCUCGCCCACUCACCCUGCCAGUCCUGACAGUGGCAACGAAGAAACCUCUUCAGCUCCUGGUUUAUGCGCUCCACCUGCCCAUUCGACUGAUGCCUAUACCCAGAAGUGAGGCUGGCCGUGGCCCCAAUCUUCUCCAGGAAAGCCUUCCACACUCGGGAGGUGAAUUGGGGGCCAUGGUCCAAGACAAUGUCCUCCGGAAGUCCAUAAUGCCGGUAGACCUGUUGGAACAGGACCUCAGCGACCUGGAGAGCAGAAGGAAGACCAGUUAGUGGCAAAAAACAGCAUGAUUUGGAGAACCUGUCUACGACCACCAGGACUGUGGUGAAGCCGUCAGAACAUGGGAGGUCGGUGACAAAGUCUAUGGACAGGUGUGACCAAGGUCGCUGAGGCACUGGGAGAGGAACUAGUUUGCCUGCCGGGGCAUUCCGAGGUGUCUUCGUUUGGGCACAUUCGGAACAGGAGUUGACAUAGCGGGAGACAUCAGCAGCCAAGGUGGGCCACCAGUAUUGUUGUGAGAGAGAAUGUAGGGUGCGCGUCAUACCGGAGUGCCCUGCCGAAAGGGUGGUGUGCGCCCAGAUCAGCAGGCGGUCACGGACCCUGGUGGGUACAUUCACGCGCACCGGAGGGGCGUUGGCAGGUGCUGGGUCCUCCUGAGCCGACAGGCGGAUGUCUUCGUCCAUAUCCCAAACGACAGGUGCCACGAUGAGAGACGGAGGCAGUAUAGGACCCCCCAGAUCCUUCCUUUCUCCGGAAUGGUGCAUCCUGGAGAGUGCAUCGGCUUUCACAUUCAUCCAGAUCCUGGGCGGUAGGACAGAAUAAACUGAAAGCGAGUAAGAAAAUUGGGCCCAAUUGACGUGACAAGAGUUCAUCAGUUUCGCUGCAUGUAUGUGCUCCAAAUUCCGGUGGUCAGUGAGAAUCCGGAAUGGACCCAUCCAGCCAGUGUCUCCAUUCCUCCAGAGCGAGGACCACCGCCAACAGCUCCCUGUCUCCAACUCCAUAGUUCCUCUCUGCGGGGUUAAGCUUUUUUGAGAAAAAGGCACAGGGAUACAUUUUCUCUGGCAUACCUUGCCACUGGGAGAGGGCCCCACCCACGCCCUCCUCAGAUGCGUCCACCUCCAGGAUGAAGGAUGAGCUGGAUCUGGGUGUUUUAGGAGGGGCACUGUGGUGAACCUCUCCUUCAGCCUCUUGAAGGCAGCGUCAGCCUCAGGGUUCCAGGCUGGCUUCUGAGGCCCACCCUUAAAGAGAGAGGUGAGCAGGGCGGCUAUGGAGCUGAAUGACCUGAUGAAACGCUGGUAGAAAUGUGCGAAGCCCAGGAAGCUCUGUAGGCCCUUGAUGGUGAUGGGGACUGGCCCUGACCUGACGGUGUCUGUCUUCGCUUUUUCCAUGAACACCCCCUGAGGACUGAUCCUGUAUCCCAGGAAGGAGAUGGCCUGUUGGUGGAAUUCACAUUUCUCCCUCUUCACCAACAGGCUGUGUUCCCGAAGGCGGAGUAGAACCGCUCUGACGUGCUCCUCGAACGUAGCCGAGUAGAUCAGGAUAUCGUCAAUGUACACCACCACCUGUCUACUCAGCAUGUUUCGAAACACGUCAUAGACGAAGGACUGGAACACAGAAGGUGCGUUGGCGAGGCCGUAGGGCAUGACGCAGUAUUCAUAGUGGCCUGAGGUAGUGCUGAAUGCAGUCUUCCACUCGUCUCCUUCCUGGAUUCGGAUCAGGUUGUAGGCACUCCUCAGGUCUAACAUGGUAAAGUACCGGGCCCCUCGCAGCUGCUAGAUGGCAGACGGAACCAGAGGGAGGGGUAGCUGUACUUGGUGGUGACUGCGUUCAGCCCCCAGUAGUCAAUGCACGGCCUCAGUCCUCCAUCUUUUUUGGCCACGAAGAAGAAGCUGGCGGAGGCAGGAGAGGUAGAGCGUCUGAUGAACCCCUGUUUCAGGGUCUCCACCACAUACUUCUCCAUGGCCUCAGUCUCCGCUUUGGAGAGGGAGUAAACGCGACUCUUCAGGGGGUGUUGUCCCUCCAGCAGGUCAAUGGCGCAGUCCCAGGGCCUGUGAGGAGGGAGACACUUAGCCUUGGAGGCAGAGAAGACAUCGGAGAGAUCUGCGUACUCACAUAGAAUUUUGGGCUGGAGGGCGGACUCCGGACUCUCCACUGACGUGGAACAACAAACCACCGGCAGGCAGGUCCUCCGGCAUUAGGGGGACCAGGCUGUGAUCCUCUUGGUGAUCCAAUUGAUGGUGGGGUUGUGUAGUCUGAGCCAGGGCAAUCCCAAGACAAUCCGGUGAAGGGGUGACGUGACGAUGUGGAAGGACAGCUCCUCGUGGUGCUCCGGUAGUGUGGGAAUGGUGAUGUGUUGGGGAGAGUGACGUGCGUAAUGGUGCCUGAUCCAAGUGGUUUAUUGGCCAGCGAGGUGAUGUGUAGCGGAGAAGGCAGUGGCAUGAUGGACAACCCCCAUUCAGAGACCAGAUCCCCAUCUAUAAGGUUCCCUGCUGAUCCGGAAACUAUAAUUGCCGUGGAAAGCGAAGAGAAGGAAGAACCAUUCACAGUUAGGGGAACUAAAAACAAUGGUUUGGUGACAGUUGAUGACAGAACACUCACGGAGCGGCGACGGGAGUCAUACCGCCUAGAUAGCGAACCACCAGGAGAUCUGUGGUCCGUGGUGGUGUAGGGGGUGCUGCCCACCUCCAUGGGUGAGGACUCGGAAGCAGGGUGGCUUCCAUAGCUCCGAUGGGGUAGCGUCGAGGCUCCAGGAGGUGUUGGGAAUGCUGUCGGUCUCUCAACAUGUCGUCAAGACAAGUGGACGUGGCGAUGAGGGUAUCAAGGUCCAUCUCAUCGUCCCAACAUGCGAGUUCCAUCGUGAUGUCCUCCCGUAAGCCUCUCCUGAAGGCCAUGCGCAGAGCACGCUCAUUCCAGCCGGAAGAUGCCGCCACCGUGCGAAAGCUUAGGGCUUACUCAAACGCGGCCCCCUCUCCCUGUUGUAGCCAGAGGAGACGCUCACCCCCGUCCUUUCUCUCCGUGGGAUGAUUGAACACCACCCUGAACCGAGUGAAAAAGGUGGAGUAGGGAAGCGCCGUGGCCUCACCUCCUUCCCAGACUGCCGUGGCCCAAUCCAGCGCCUUUCCCUUCAGUAGCGAAAUCACCAGCGCUAUCCUGACUCGCCAGAUACAGUGAAACCUGUAGCAGGAAGCCUCUACAUUUCGUUGUUUUCCCGUCAUAGCACUCCGGCAGGGCGAUGGGUCCUUCAGACGUCGGUGAUAGCAGGGGAGGAGGUGGACUGGGUGCACUCGCCGCUCCCUGAGGUAGAACCGGAGCGAUGGUCAGUUUAUGCAGCGUUUGGAGCACCUCCUGAAUGGCGGCGUUCAGCUGGGCAAUCUGCUGCUGGUGCUGGUAGAGGCGCUGGGAAACUUCAGGAGGAUUACCUGCUGCAUCCAUCUUCGUGAUUGGUGUGUGAUUCUGUGACGAGUACUGAGGAUACGAAGAGGCAGGACACAGACGCAGGAAUCAACUACAGUGGGGAAAAAAAGUAUUUAGUCAGCCACCAAUUGUGCAAGUUCUCCCACUUAAAAAGAUGAGAGAGGCCUGUAAUUUUCAUCAUAGGUACACGUCAACUAUGAAAGACAAAAUGAGGGGAAAAAAUCCAGAAAAUCACAUUGUAGGAUUUUUUAUGAAUUUAUUUGCAAAUUAUGGUGGAAAAUAAGUAUUUGGUCAAUAACAGAAGUUUCUCAAUACUUUGUUAUAUACCCUUUGUUGGCAAUGACACAGGUCAAACGUUUUCUGUAAGUCUUCACAAGGUUUUCACACACUGUUGCUGGUAUUUUGGCCCAUUCCUCAAUGCAGAUCUCCUCUAGAGCAGUGAUGUUUUGGGGCUGUCGCUGGGCAACACGGACUUUCAACUCCCUCCAAAGAUUUUCUAUGGGGUUGAGAUCUGGAGACUGGCUAGGCCACUCCAGGACCUUGAAAUGCUUCUUACGAAGCCACUCCUUCGUUGCCCGGGCGGUGUGUUUGGGAUCAUUGUCAUGCUGAAAGACCCAGCCACAUUUCAUCUUCAAUGCCCUUGCUGAUGGAAGGAGGUUUUCACUCAAAAUCUCACGAUACAUGGCCCCAUUCAUUCUUUCCUUUACACGGAUCAGUCGUCCUGGUCCCUUUGCAGAAAAACAGUCCCAAAGCAUGAUGUUUCCACCUCCAUGCUUCACAGUAGGUAUGGUGUUCUUUGGAUGCAACUCAGCAUUCUUUGUCCUCCAAACACGACGAGUUGAGUUUUUACCAAAAAGUUCUAUUGUGGUUUCAUCUGACCAUAUGACAUUCUCCCAAUCCUCUUCUGGAUCAUCCAAAUGCACUCUAGCAAACUUCAGACGGGCCAGGACAUGUACUGGCUUAAGCAGGGGGACACGUCUGGCACUACAGGAUUUGAGUCCCUGGCGGCGUAGUGUGUUACUGAUGGUAGGCUUUGUUACUUUGGUCCCAGCUCUCUGCAGGUCAUUCACUAGGUCCCCCCGUGUGGUUCUGGGAUUUUUGCUCACCGUUCUUGUGAUAAUUUUGACCCCACGGGGUGAGCUCUUGCGUGGAGCCCCAGAUCGAGGGAGAUUAUCAGUGGUCUUGUAUGUCUUCCAUUUCCUAAUAAUUGCUCCCACAGUUGAUUUCUUCAAACUAAGCUGCUUACCUAUUGCAGAUUCAGUCUUCCCAGCCUGGUGCAGGUCUAAAAUUUUGUUUCUGGUGUCCUUUGACAGCUCUUUGGUCUUGGCCAUAGUGGAGUUUGGAGUGUGACUGUUUGAGGUUGUGGACAGGUGUCUUUUAUACUGAUAACAAGUUCAAACAGGUGCCAUUAAUACAGGUAACGAGUGGAGGACAGAGGAGCCUCUUAAAGAAGAAGUUACAGGUCUGUGAGAGCCAGAAAUCUUGCUUGUUUGUAGGUGACCAAAUACUUAUUUUCCACCAUAAUUUGCAAAUAAAUUCAUUAAAAAUCCUACAAUGUGAUUUUCUGGAUUUUUUUUCCUCAAUUUGUCUGCCAUAGUUGACGUGUACCUAUGAUGAAAAUUACAGGCCUCUCUCAUCUUUUUAAGUGGGAGAACUUGCACAAUUGGUGGCUGACUAAAUACUUUUUUCCCCCACUGUAUGUAAAGGUUUACUUAACACUGAGCAAGAGAACAACAAAGAGCGAGUACACGACGACAACACAACACUGAACAGUCCAGGGCUAUAUAGGGGUGGUGAUGAGAUGAUGAGGUGCAGGUGCGCUAGAGGUGAUUAGGGUGCGCUGGGUUUCCAUUCCGGUAUUGCCGAGGUGGUGCGCUCAGACCGGUGGCUCAGUAGACCGGCGAAUCAGAGCACCGGAGGGGAGCAACGGGAGGAGACGUGACAGCUGUAACUAUGUGGAUUAUAACCAGUUUGGUGGAUGUGAGAAGACAUUGUGAGAUAAAGAUAGCUGGACAACCCCACAAUGAAUCAUUGAAAGAUCCAGACACUGCCGUUUCCAUGGCAAAGAGUUCAAAACCUUUCAAUAAUGUGAUUAGUUGUCUCCUUGCAAGUUAUUAUCGGACAAUCCUUUCCAAAUCACAAGCAGGGUGUAUGUCGUUUCUGGUAAGAGUUGGUCUCUCAUCACAAGACUUCCAGUCUUAACGUAAGCAGUCAGGGCAGCGGCCGGGUAAGCUACUGUGGGCUGUGAGUCACGGCACAGCUAACCACUCAAGACCUUAUCACAUUACAACAUCCUGUGGACAGUCAUCAUAGCUACUGGGGAGGACAAGCUGUCUGUGAAUCCAUCAUGGCCUUUGCCAGUCAGAGCUAUGGUUUAGAGUAUUUACUUCGCAAGAAGAUCGAGAAGGAGUGAGUGUUUUACCGUGCCUGCAUAACGUUUCUGAGAUGGAGACAUACAUGCGCCAUUAAGCGAGGGUUACUCUUUGGCCGGGUUUGAAAAAUGUAUUAUUGUAUCUUUAUUCAACAAGGUUGUCCCAUUGAUGUCAAAAUACUUAUUUCACAAGGGAUCUGGCCAAGGGGCCAGUGUUGUCUUUGAGGAGAGUAUUGCCAGUCAUGAUUUACAGUACCAUCAUUGAGUUAUCUCGUUACCUCAUUAGACGAUACCUCAGCCUAAGAGCUGAGUUAUGAUAGACUGUGGAACAUGUCUCAACUGAUGUGUUGACCUUUGACCCUCAGGCUGGAGCGGCUGCAGAGGAUUGUCAGUAAGGUCCAGAUGGAGUCUGGGGUGUGUGAGGAGCAGCUCAACCAGGUUGAGGGCCUGCUACAGACGGUGAGUCUCACACCCUGUCGGGGCAGACAGUCACUAGCCAAUAUAGACUGUAUAAUGUACAGUCUGUGGCCUAACAGAUUUGUCACUACAAACCCAUGCUAGACUGAGUCUAGUCAAUGAUACAGUGAAUUAAUACCCCUCAGUUAUGCGAGACUGGAUGUGUUCUGAUGUUCAAAAGCAUUCUCAGGCCUGAUGUCUGAUGGACUGAUGUCUACUGAUGCUUUAUUCAAGAUGGAACACAUGGUGUCAUGGUGUUUAGACUGUAUCUAUCUUCUAGGAUGUCCGUUUGCUGAGCUCAGGAAAGCCUGCUAUGCACACAGCAGAGGUAGAGACAGACCUGGACAAGGCCGAGGGCAUGAUCCGGUACCUCUUCAAUGACGUGCAGUUGCUGAAGGAUGGACGCCACCUACAAGCUGAACAGAUGUACCGCAGGUCAGAACAACCACUGCAUUACUGUCAUUCACUCAGAGCAUUACUGUAUUAUUGUGAGGCCUUUUGCGACACGGGAUGACACCUUAGCCCUUACUGUAUUGUAACUAUUAUAUUAUUACUAUGUCUUUACAUAUUUAUGACAACUUGUUCAAUCCAAUUGAUUGAAAUACCUGUUUUGUUGUUAUUGAACGAGUCAUCAUUGUUCCUGCUGUUUUACCUCUAGAGUGUACCGUCUCCACGAGCGGCUGGUGAACCUGCGCAGUGAGUACAAUCUGCGCCUGAAGUCCGGGGUAACCACCACCCAGAUACCCAUGUCCCAGAUGCAGACCCUCCAGCAGGCCCCCAUGAGGGUGCGUCCCGAGCUGGACGAGGUGACCCUGCGCUACAUCCAGGACCUGCUGGCCUGGGUGGAGGAGAACCAGAGGCGGGUGGACCGGGGGGAAUGGGGCUCGGACCUGCCCUCCGUGGAGUCCCAGCUGGGCAGCCACCGUGGCCUGCACCAGUCAGUGGAGGAGUUCCAUGCUAAGAUCGGCAGGGCAAAAGCAGACGAGGUACAUUGGGAAAACCUACCUGGGAUGGGAUUGGAAUUGGACUGAUUCAGUCAUACCAUCAUUGAUCCUCUUUGGUUAAUGCCAAAAUGUAGUCUGACUGCUUCUUUAUUUAACCCUGCUUCUUCUCUAAUCUUUAGUCUCUUUUUCUAUUCCCCUUCAGAGUCAGCUCUCCCCUGUCAGCAAAGGUGCCUACAGAGACAACUUAUCCAAGCUGGAGUUGCAUUAUGGCAAGCUUCUGGUAUGUUCUAGACUCAAGAUAUUAACGUACAACAACAACUUUUCAACUAUCUGCCAUUUAUCAAAUGGGUCUUCUCCAAUCUCAUUUAUAUUAUUUUCUCCUCAGAGUUCUUCCAAGGCUCGUCUGCGCAGCCUGGACGGGCUUCAUGCCUUUGUCACUGCAGCCACCAAGGAGUUGAUGUGGCUGAAUGAAAAGGAAGAGGAGGAAGUUAACUAUGACUGGAGUGAACGGAACACCAACAUGACCACCAAGAAAGACAACUACUCGGUAUGGCUGUUCUCAUCCUCACCAUAGCUGGAAAGUUCAACCUCAGUUAAAUACGAAGAGAGUUAGGCAUAGGACGGUAUCUUGUAGGGUAAAGUAAAAAGUUAUUGCACUGUACAGAACAGUAGUACUGCCAUCUUUAAUUAGCUUGUGAUCAGAUUCUGUUUAAUUAUAAUUUUUUGUAUUUGUAUUUAUUAAGUAUCCCCAUUAGCUGCAUCCAAGGCAGCAGCUACUCUUCCUGGGGUCCAAACACAUUAAGGCAAUUACAUCACACAUAAAACAAAAGAUAAAACAGUACAUCAUAUAACAUUAUUACACUACAUAUCUACAAUACAAACAUUUAUAAUACCACCAUACAACAAUAUUACAAUGUAAGUGUGUGUAGAAUGCGUGCGCUAGCGUGUGUGUGCAUAUGCGUGUGUCUGUUCCUGUUUGUGUGUAUCUCUUCACAGUCCCCGCUGUUCAAUAAGGUGUAUUUUUAUCAGUUUUUUAAAUCUAAUUAUACUGCUUGCAUCAGUUACCUGAUGUGGAAUAGAAUUCCAUGUAGUCAUGGCUCUAUAUAGUACUGUGCGCCUCCCAUAGUCUGUUCUUGACUUGGGGAUUGUGAAGAGACCUCUGGAGGCAUGUCUUGUGGGGUAUGCAUGGGUGUCCGAGCUGUGUGCUAGUAGUUUAAACAGACACCUUAGUGCAUUCAGCAUGUCAACACUUCUUACAAAAACAAGUAGUGAUGAAGUCAAUCUCUCCUCCACUUUGAGCCACGUUAGCUCUCUGUGUACAUUUAAGGGCCUCUUUGUGGCACCUGACCACACGAUUGAACAGUAGUCCAGGUGCGACAAAACUAGGGCCUGUAGGACCUGCCUUGUUGAUAGUGUUGUUAAGAAGGUAAAGCAGCGCUUUAUUAUGGACAGGCUUCUCCCCAGCUUAGCUACUGUUGUAUCAACAUGUUUUGACUAUGACAGUUUACAAUCCAGGGUUACUCCAAGCAGUUUAGUCCCCUCAACUUAUUGAAUUUCCACAUUAUUUAUUACAAGAUUUAGUUGAGGUGAAUGAUUUGUCCCAAAUACAAUGCUUUUAGUUUAUGAAAUAUUUAGGACUAACUUAUUCCUUGACACCCAUUCUGAAACUAACUGCAGAUCUUUGUUAAGUGUUACAGUGAUUUCACUCACUGUAGUAGCGGACGUGUAUAGUGUUGAGUCAUCCGCAUACAUAGACACACUGGCUUCACUCAAAGCCAAUGGCAUGUCAUUAGUAAAAAUGGAAAAAAGUAAGGGGCCUAGACAGUUGCCCUGGGGAAUUCCUGAUUCUACCUGGAUUAUUUUGGAGAGGCUUCCAUUAAAGAACACCCUCUGUGUUCUGUAAGACAGAUAACUCUUUAUCUACAAUAUAGCAGGGGGUGUAAAGCCAUACACAUAUGUUUUCUAGCAAGAGCUAUGAUCAAUAAUGUCAAAAGCCACGCUGAAGUCUUACAAAACAGCUCCCACAAUAUUUUGAUCAUCAAUUUCUCUCAGCCAAUCAUCAGUCAUUUAUGUAAGUGCCGUGAUUGUUGAAUGUCCAUCCAUAUAAGCAUGCUGAAAGUCUGUUGUCAAUUUAUUUACUGUAAAAUAGCAUUGUAAAUGGUCAAACACCAUUUUUUCCAAAAGUUUAUUAAGGGUUGGUAACAGGCGGAUUGGUCAGCUAUUUGAGCCAGUAAAGGGGGCUUUGCUGUUCUUGGGUAGCAGAAUGACUUUUCCUUCCCUCCAGGCCUGAGGGCACACACUUUCUAGUAGGCUUAGAUUGAAGAUAUGGCAAAUAGGAGUAGCAAUAUCGUCCGCUAUUAUCCUCAAUCAUUUUCUAUCCAAGUUGUCAGACGCCGGUGGCUUGUCAUUGUUGAUAGACAACAAUACGUUUUUCACCUCUUUCACACUCAAUUACGGAAUUAAAAAUUACAAUACUUGUCUUUCAUAAUUUGAUCAGUUAUACUUGGAUGUGUAGUGUCAGCAUUUGUUGCUGGCAUGUCAUGCCUAAAUUGGCUAAUCUUGCCAAUGAAAAAAUCAUUAAAGUAAUUAAUUUAUUAUGAUUAGGGAUGCACUUGCAUAUCUAGUAAUAUCCCCCCUCUUGCCAUAACUCUGAGUGUUUUCUUUGGUUUAUUUCAGGGGUUGAUGAAAGAGCUGGAGCACAGGGAGAAGAGGGUCAACAGUGUCCAGGUCCAAGGAGAUAAACUGCUGAAGGAGGGACACCCUGCCAAGACGACUGUAGAGGUGAGAAAAAAUACUUAAUAUCACCAGGAAUUCAGCUAAAAAUGAUUUAAAUUGAGGAAAUAUGUUCCCAAGUAUUUCAUCAAUGAAUAAAAAUAAAGAUUUGUGAUUGUGUCUCAAUGUAAUCAAGGUAUGAAAUUAUCAUGUUAUCUUCAAAAACAAUCUCUUUUUGGGAUUACUUGUGUUCAAUUUACGGUGGUUAAAUUAUUAUAAUUAUGUUCCGGCCCCUUGACCAUCCGCUCAGACAAAAAUCAUCCCGCGGCUAAAUCUAGUGGCCUACCCCUGUAUUACAGUAUGUAUUUAACACUUUGUCUUUUAUGUCUUAGAGCAGAGGACAUGAGAAUAGGUGGUUUGUUAAAGCUCUUUUUUUAAGAGGCCAAUUGUUGUCUCACACCCAUUUCUCUCUCUCCACUAAAGGCCUUCACUGCAGCCCUGCAGACCCAGUGGAGCUGGAUCCUGCAGCUUUGCUGUUGCAUCGAGUCCCACCUGAAAGAGAACACUGCCUACUUCCAAGUAUGCCAACUCAUAUAUCCCCCUCAGAUAGUCCAAUGAGCAUAAAAACACUUCUUAAAAUACAUCAUCCUAUCUUUAAAACGGUUUGUGCUCCUCCUUUUCUACCCGUUGUAGUUUUUCUCUGACGUGAAAGAGGCAGAGGAGAAGAUGAAAAAGAUGCAGAAGACAAUGAAGAAGAAAUACACGUGCGACCGUAACAUUACUGUAACACGACUCGAGGACUUGUUACAGGACGCAGUUGUAGGUUGACUUACUCUACUUGAAGAAGUGAAGAGGAAAUUCAGCAACUCUACUUCAGUGACAUUACUAAAGCAACAGCACCUGUCAUUGUCUGUUUUAUUCAAUACAAUGUGGUGUUUUCUAUAUAGGAUGAGAAGGAGCAACUGAAAGAGUUUAAGACCCACUUGGAUGGGAUGAAUCGGAGGGCCAAGACCAUUGUCCAGCUGAAGCCACGUAACCCUGCUACACCAGUCAAGGGCAAAGUGCCUGUCCAGGCCGUCUGCGACUUCAAACAGAUGGAGGUGAGGAGAUAUUAAUGUUCAUGUGACCAGCUUUCCAGUGGAGGAGCAAACACUCUUAGGCUACUACUUAGUACACUGUAAACCCCAAGGCAGUUUUAACUCAAAUACUUCUAGUAAGUUGUACUCAAAGUCAAUGAAAAGUAAUUAUUACUUAAAAUGUUUGUUGUACUGACUCAAAACUAAAUGAGAAGUCACACUAACUCUGUUUUUUAAAGAUAUGAUAACAAAUGAACUUUUUCCCAGCAUGCUCUAAUGCAGGUUGAUAAAAAAAUUUUAUUUAUAAAGAUCUGUGUUUUUGCAUGUACAUUGAGUGAUUGAUUGAUUAAAUGUUAUGCUACACAAAGAUAAAUAACAUUUAACUAAACUAAUCCAAUCAUUGCAUUUUUGUACCUGUUACUGAAAUGGUUGUUCCAGUUUAAAUGGCUUAGGUCGUCUCCUCCCACUGUUCUUAACCCUAGCAGUCAUUAUGAAUACAGGUUGCGGGUGAAUACAGAUUUCAACUGUUGGGUAGCCUAACUCUGGCUAGAUUCCAAUUGGAGUUACACAUCACUUUGCAAGCCAGCAUAAUGUAAUUUACAAUUAGGGUUGUAAAAUUCUGGUAAAAUUCUGAGGUUUUCCAGAAAUCCUGGUUGGAAUAUUACUAGAAGUUUUGGGAAAGUUUGUGGAAUUUUGCAACCCUACUUGCAGGCCUGAUGUGACCGGUAAACUAUGAGUUUCAGGCCACUGUAUAAGGCCUUAUGUAUUUGUAAUGGUUUUAUUAUAAUGAUAACAUUUGCCUAGGAACUCACUUGGUGAAGGCCACAGGACUGAAAAUGAACGAAUUCAACAACCAUGUCUCUGUCACUAACAAUUACAGUCAUGGGUGGUAACUCUACAAUUCAAUUGAAGAGCCAAGGCACACGGGAAAUGAUUGGAGGCGUGGCUUAGUGGGGGUGUUAAAUUUAAGUAUACCUUAUUCAAAAAACUGCAUUUGUAUUACUCAUAUGAAGGUAAUACUGCUCACUUCAGCUAUUUAAGUUUCUUGACUUAAUUUUUUUGAGGUAAUCGGUUUCCUCAAUUUUUGAGCAGCCAGGACUUAUCCGUUUUUAUAGUGUAUAAGCGCAUUCUAUCAGAAUCAGUGGAAAUGUAGUGUUUAUUCAAAGCAUACACUGAGUGUACAAAACAUUAUGAACACCUGCUCUUUCCAUGACACAGACUGACCAGGUGACUGGUGAAAGCGAUGAUCUCUUUUUGAUGUUACCUGUUAAAUGCACUUCAAUCAGUGUAGAUGAAGGGGAGGAGACAGGUUAAAGAAUACUUUUUUUUGCAUUGAGACAUGGAUUGUGUAUGUGUGCCAUUCAGAGGGUGAAUGGGCAAGACAGAAUAUUUAAGUGGCUUUGAACAGGGUGUGGUAGUUGGUGCCAGGCGCACCGGUUCGACACCUUGUAGAGUCCAUGCCCCGACAAAUUGAGGCUGUUCUGAGGGCAAAAGGGUGUUCCUAAUAUUUUGUACACUCAGUGUAGAUGAGUGACACUUAGAAGUAGAAAAUCAGUAGUAUCUGUUGAUUUUAUUUAUCUAUUUAUCUAUUAGUCAAGCUUGAAGGCUUGUCAUUAGAACUGGUCAGAUACAGUACAACGUGGACGUCCAUUUUGUACCUCUUUCCAGCUCACAGUCCACAGAGGGGAGGAGUGUGCAUUGCUGGACAACUCUCAGCCGUACAAGUGGAAAGUGCAGAACCCCAAAGGCAGCAAGGCCACCGUGCCCUCCAUCUGUUUCCUGGUUCCUCCCACCAAUAAGGACGCAGUGAGCGGCGUCUCAGGGUGAGGCGACCAAUCAUCUCCUUGCCAUAAAACAACAUGGCAAAAACCUUUGAUUUAGCCUUACCAUUAACAACAUUAGCCUGGUACCAGAUCUUUUUGUGCUCUUGCCCACUCCAUUGUCAUUAUCAUUCCAAACAUGUUUGGCAUGACAAUUCCAUAAGGAGUUGGCAAGAGAGCAGAAACAGACUGGCUACCAGACUAAAAUAGCAUGGCUAAAACCUUUGAUUUAGCCCUUUGAUUUAACCUUUGACAGACCUUUGAUGCCUCGUAAAGACGUUUGACCCCAGCACCUGUAUGGUUCACUAACCUUUAACCUACCCCCACAGUCUGGACGCUAGUCACCAGAACCUGCUGGUCCUGUGGCAGAUGCUGUACGUGGACAUGAAGAGCCUCAUGUCCUGGCAGUACCUGAUGAGAGACAUCCACCUCAUCACCUCAUGGAACAUCACCAUGGUGAGCUCAUAGUUUCACACAGGCUGUGUCUCAAAUGGAACCUUAUUCCCUAUGUAGUGCACCUUGGUCAAAGGUAGUGCACUACAUAGGGAAUAGGGUGUCAUUUGGGAUGUACCCAUAGACUUUUUGGAGACAGUAGAUCAGAGAAUAAAGGACAUGUUUUAGUUAUUAGAUGGGUGGGGCGGCAGGUAGCUUAGUGGGUAAGAGCGUUGUGCCAGUAACCGAAAGGUUGCUGGUUCUAAUCCCUGAGCCGACUAGGUGAAAAAUCUGUUGAUGUGCCCAUAAGCAAGGCACUUAACCCUAAUUGCUCAUGUAAGUCGCUCUGGAUAAGAGUGUCUGCUAAAUGACUAAAAUGUAAUGUAAAUGGUGUCUCUUGGUUGUAGAAUUGAAUUACGCCCACAGAAUGAUUUAUUCUUAGCUAUACAAUUCCAAAGGUACUGGAAUGGGGGGUUCGAAUGGAAUUCAGGCAAAGAGAGUAUAACACUCUUCCUAACCACGCUCACCCUCCCUAUCUUUCUUCUUUCACUACAGUUUAAGACCCUGAGGGUGGAGGAGUACAGGCUAGCUUUGAGGAACCUGGAACUCCACUACCAAGACUUCUUAAGAGACAGCCAGGACUCCCAGCUGUUUGGUGCAGACGACCGCAUGCAGGUGCAGAGUGGCUACAACAAGGCCAGCCAGCACUACGAAGGACUGCUGCACUCUGUGGAGAAAGGUGAGUGUUGGACAUCUGGGCAGAUAGAGGGUCUGUAUAGUACAAGAAGUAGCAUCCAACCAUGUUAUUUUUUAUCAGUGUUGCACUUUGUUAUGCACACUUGUUUUGCAAACUUCGUUGCACUGCACACCUUAUGAGUUGUCGUUGCAUUUUCCGUUCAUGAACAUCAUGAUUUCAAUAUUCGUUGUUGGAAAUGUUGAAAUUCAUCACAGGCCCAUCCGUCUAGAAAUAGUGGUUAACUGUUGAAUUCACAUUACACUGGAGGUAAGGUAUCCUGGUUGCAGUGUCAGAUUUAGCAAAUUUUUGACUGACCAAGCUUUAUUUCUGCACUGAUAGUUAUGAUUCAUUUCACUCCAUCAACUUCACUCAACCAUUGAUCACCAUCCAAGAUUUUCUCUAACUUCGUUGUUCAUUGCAUUAGCCACCUUGUCCAAUCGCAUGAGUUUGCGUGUGUUGAUGCAUUGUGUUGCUUAAUCAUGUGUAAUAAUUCUGAAUUUCUAUCCUGCAUGAAGCUGGUAGUGGAUUGAGUUUGAUUUUGAAACUAUGCGUUGUUAAGCAAAAGCUUGAGUGAUUUUAUGGAUUUCAUGAGACAUAUAGUUCCAGAAAAUUACAUGAAUUGUGUGGGCAUAAAUAAUGAAUUCAUGAUCGAAGUUACCAAGAACUAAAUAGAUCUCAAGGCCAUCAGACUGUUAAAUAGCCAUCACUAGCCGGCUUCCACCCAUUACCAUGCCCUGUACUUAGUCACUGGCACUAGCCGGCUACCACCCGGUUACUCAUCCCUGCACCUUAGAGGCUGCUGCCCUAUGUACAUAGACAUGUAACACUGGUCACUUUAAUAAUGGAACACUGGUCACUUUAAUAAUGUUUACAUACUGUUUUACCCAUUUCAUAUGUAUUUACUGUAUUCUAGUCAAGUCCAUCCUAUUCAACUAUUGCUGUACCUAUACUAUUCUAUCCACAUAUUCUUCAGCUAUAUAGUAUAUAUAUAUAUAUAUAUAUAUAUAUACUCUGGACUCUGACAUUGCUCGUCCAAAUAGUUCUAUAUUUCUUAAUUCCAUUCUUUUACUUUUCGAUUUGUGUAUUGUUGUGGAUCAUUAAAUAUUACUGCACUGUUGGAGUUGGAACACAAGCAUUUCGCUACACCAGCAAUAACAUCUGCUAAACAUGUGUAUGCGACCAAUAAAAUGUGAUUUGAUUUGAUUUUGACUUUGCUAUUCUACCAUUACUGUGGUUGCAUCCCAAAUGGCACCCUGCUUCCUACAUAGUGCACUACUUUUGACCACAGCCCUAUAAUGGUUGCUCCAUUCUGUUCAGGUGAGCAAGACGAAUCUGAGUGCCGGAGCUACCUGACCAAGAUCAAGGACCUGUGUCUGAAGCUGGAGGGCUGUGAGACUCGCACCGUCGCACGUCUGCGACAGCCCAUGGACAAGGAGCCGCUCAAGGCUUGUGCCCAGAGGACCGCUGAGCAGAAGGUACUGCAGUGACAUCACCCCUCAGUGACAUUGUUUAGUUUAGUUUAUUAGGAUCCCCAUUAGCUGUUGCACAUACUGCAGCUAGUCUUCCUGGGGUCCACACAAAAUACAAAAUACAUGACAAAGUACAUACGUUACAGACAAGAACAACACAAAGACAAUACUACAUUAAAUUAUAGGGGCACCUUGGGAGUUUUAGGGCACUUCACUAUGGGUCUAACGGCAAUGGAGGAAGAGAUAUUUGCUGUUUUAGCUGUUUCUCAACCAAGACAGAAAAAAUCAGUAUGUAUGUAAUUUAGACUCAGCGGUGGCCAGGCCACUGGUAAAUGGUUACCGUAAAUCACACAUCCAAUCCCAAAGUAAACAGAGUUAAUGGUAGAUCUGUAAUGAAUUGUGAGCCCAAAUUAGAUAACAUGCCUAUUUGAAACAGAGCCAGGCCAAAUUCAACAUGGGGUUAUUGUUUAGGAAACUAUUUAAAGUUCCCUUGAGUCAAGUAAAUUAAGUUAUACAGUAGAAGGGACAAACUAAAAUUUUUAGAUCAGACAUGCUGUUUAGUAUGCUCCAUCUGCUCGUUUCUCAUCGUAAGAAGUUUCAGAAGACCUUUGUAUCCCUAUUUCACUUUACAGUAUGUUGCUGGCUGGCUUGUUAGCAACUCCAUGAAAAAAAGACUGCUUGGAUGCACAGGUGGAAUAGCCAGUUAUGGUUCAUUAUUCCCUUUUCUGCCCAUAGAAUGUCCAGUCAGAGUUGGAGGGCUUGAAGAAAGACCUGACCAAUGUGGCUGAGAAGACAGAGGAGGUGCUGGCAUCGCCUCAGCAGUCCAGCUCCGCCACCGUACUGCGCUCUGAGCUGGAUGUUACGCUGAAGAAGAUGGAGCACAUCUACACCCUGUCCUCCGUGUACCUGGACAAGUGAGUUCCUGGCUGACUCUGAUUGUUACAACAUGCAUAUCAAAACCAUAGGACCAAUAAGUAACAUCUUCAAUCUAAAUAGUAGAUCUGAAUCAUGUUACACACACAGCUAACACUAUACACCACUCCUUGUUUAGACUGAAGACCAUCGACAUAGUGAUCCGCAGCACAAAGGGAGCAGAAGACACCCUCAAAAAGUAUGAAGCCCAUUUACGAGACGUCAACAAGAUGCCAACAGACGAAAAAGCGGUGGAGAACUACUGCACCCAGCUAAAGGUACAGUAUCUCUGUUAGAAUUAACUGCAUUGUAUCCGUUGGUGUGUAGACAAUGCUUUUAUAUGGACUGGUUAUCAGACAGUAACUUAGUGAUUUCUAUGCAUUUGUAGUGAUCUCCCUCUCUUUCUUGCUGUCUCUCUAUCUCUCUCGUUCUCUCUCUCUCUCCUUCUGUCUCUAUUGCUCUUUCUCUAUCUCUCGUUCUCUUUCUUGCUUACUCUCUUUUUCUCUCUCUCUCUCUUUCUCUCCCUCUUUCUCUCUGGUAGACAAUGCGUGGUGAGGCAGAGGAUGACCAGAAGACGUUCGACAAUCUCCAGGAGGAACUGAAGAAGGUGGUGGCCGUGAAUGAGCGGAUUACACGGGUCCACAGCGAGCACGACACCGAGCUGGAACACUAUCGCCAACUAGUGUCCGGGCUAGAGGAGCGCUGGCAGGCCAUGUUUGCCCAGAUAGACCUGCGCCAACAGGAGCUGGAUUUGCUGGGGAGGCAGAUGCGCGCCUACCACGAGAGCUAUGACUGGCUCAUCAGAUGGCUUGGUGAUGCCAAGGAGAGGCAGGAAAAGAUCCAGGCCGUGCCCAUCGGCGACAGCAAGGCCCUUAAGCAACAGUUGGCACAGGAGAAGGUACUGUACAACUAAUAAUAAUAAUUAUCGAUUGGAUUUAUAUAGCACUUUUCUACCAAGAUGCUCAAAGUGCUUUACAUAGUAAGGGGAAACUCACCUCAUCUACCACCAAUGUGAGGCACCCAGGACAAGGUAGCAAGAGGCUUCCAUUACAAAUAGGGGAGAUGAAGCUUCUUAGCUCGAUGAUGGACUAUAAUGUUACGUUAUUUACAUCAUUUAGAAGACGCUCUUAUCCAGAGCGACUUACAGUUAGUGAGUGCAUACAUUUUUCAUAUUUUUUUUUUCAUACUGGCCCCCUGUGGGAAUCGAACCCACAACCCUGGCGUUGCAAGCGCCAUGCUCUACCAACUGAGCUACACGUUAUCAAGACAGUCAGUGUUACAAUCUUUUAUCAUUGCAGAAACUCCUAGAAGAGAUCGAGAAGAACAAAGAUAAGGUUGAGGAGUGUCAAAAACAUGCAAGGGCAUAUAUUGAUGCAGUCAAGGUGCGUAUGCAAAUCAGAUGUCACUUAAAUAAGAUGAUGCAUAUGGAGAUUUGUUGCGUUAGUAAAAUUAUUGUAUUAUGUCUAUGACAUAUUAUGUCCAUGUGUUUUCCCCAGGACUAUGAGCUUCAGGUGGUGACGUACAAAGCUCUGGUGGAGCCCCUGGCUUCGCCCCUUAAGAAAACCAAAAUGGAGUGUGCAUCUGACAAUAUAAUCCAAGAGGUAGGUCAUAUAGACAUGAUGAGGAAUUUAGACAUGAUGAGGAAUUUAGAUGAGGAACAGCUACAGUAGCUUUAAAGUUGUUAACAAUUAUAUGGGAUUACUAAACAUCUGGAAUUGUCUUUCAGUAUGUGACUCUGAGAACCCGCUUCAGUGAGCUGAUGACUCUGACCAGCCAAUACAUCAAGUUUAUCACGGAGACACAGAGCCGCCUUGAGGACGAGGAGGUAAUUGAGGGACACAUUGAAGACAGGCAGCAGCUCCCUGCUCCCGACAACUUUAAUUAAACCCACUAACCAUAAUAACAAUAGCCUGGUGCAAGAUCUCUUUGUGCGCACAUGUCAACUCUUUUCCAUGCCAAACAUCUUGUUUGGCAUGUCAAGGAGUGGCAUGAUGGCAGAAACAGACUUGUAUACCCAGACUAUAACAACAGUUACUAUAAAACUCUCUUUAGGGAUUAAUGUAUGGAAAAUCAUAUACAGUACCAGUCAAAAGUUUGGACACAACUACUCAUUCCAGGGUUUUUCUUUAUUUUUUACUAUUUUCUACAUUGUAGAAUAACAGUGAAGACAUCAACACUAUGAAAUAACACAUAUGGAAUCAUGUAGUAACCAAAAAAGUGUUAAACAAAUCAAAAUAUAUUUGAGAUUUUAGAUUCUUCAAAGUAGCCACCCUUUGCCUUGAUGACAGCUUUGCACACUCUUGGCAUUCUCUCAACCAGCUUCAUAAGUUAGUCACCUGGAAUGCAUUUCAAUGAACAGGUGUGCCUUGUUAAAAGUUAAUUUGUAGAAUUUCUUUCCUUAAUGUGUUUGAGCCAAUCAGUUGUGUUGUGACAAGUUAGGGGUGGUAUACGGAAGAUAGCCCUAUUUGGUAAAAUACCAAGUCCAUAUUAUGGCAAGAACAGCACAAAUAAGCAAAGAGAAAUGACAGUCCAUCAUUACUUUAAGACAUGAAGGUCAGUCAAUAUUGAACAUGUUCUUCAAGUGCAGUCGCAAAAACCAUCAAGCGCUAUGAUGAAACUGGCUCUCAUGAGGACCGCCACAGGAAAGGAAGACCCAGAGUUACCUCUGCUGCAGAGGAUAAAUUCAUUAGAGUUACCAGCCUCAGAUUGCAGCCCAAAUAAAUGCUUCACAGAGUUCAAGUAACAGACACAUCUCAACAUCAACUGUUCAGAGGAGACUGCGUGAAUCAGGCCUUCAUGGUUGAAUUGCUGCAAAGAAACCACUAAUAAAGGACACCAAUAAUAAGAAGAGACUUGCUUGGGCCAAGAAACACGAGCAAUGGACAUUAGACCGGUGGAAAGCUGUCCUUCGGUCUGAUGAGUCCAAAUGUGAGAUUUUAGGUGCCAACCGCUGUGUCUUUAUGAGACGCAGAGUAGGUGAAUGGAUUAUCUCUGCAUGUGUGGUUCCCACCGUGAAGCAUGGAGGAGGAGGUGUGAUGGUGUGGGGGUGCUUUGCUGGUGACACUGUUGGUGAUUUAUUUAGAAUUCAAGGCACACUUAACCAGCAUGGCUACCACAGCAUUCUGCAGCGAUACGCCAUCCCAUCUGGUUUGUGCUUAGUGGGACUAUCAUUUGUUUUUCAACAGGACAAUGACCCAACACACCUCCAGGCUGUGUAAGGGCUAUUUGACCAAGAAGGAGUGUGAUGGAGUGCUGCAUCAGAUGACCUGGCCUCCACAAUCACCAGACCUCAACCCAAUUGAGAUGGUUUGGGAUGAGUUGGACCGCAGAGUGAAGGAAAAGCAGCCAACAAGUGCUCAGCAUAUGUGGGAACUCCUUCAAGACUGUUGGAAAAUCAUUCCUCAUGAAGCUGGUUGAGAGAAUGCCAAGAGUGUGCAAAUCUGUCAUCAAGGCAAAGGGUGGCUACUUUGAAGAAUCUAAAAUGUAUUUGGAUUUGUUUAACACUUUUUUGGUUACUAUAUGAUUCCAUAUGUGUUAUUUCAUAGUUUUGAUGUCUUCACUAUUAUUCUACAAUGUAGAAAAUAGUAAAAAUAAAGAAAAACAAUUGAAUGAGUAGGUGUGUCCAAACUUUUGACUGGUACUGUAUGUCCUUAUGUCAGUAUAUAUGGUUUCAGAAUGUUGGCAUUUUUAAAAGAGUCUGGGACUUUUUGGAAAGGGUUCAAAAUAUUUUUAGCUGAUGGGGCUAUGAGGAAAUUAAUUAGUUUUUGUAUAGGUCAGCGCAGUAUGGAAAGUGUUGAGUAAUUUCAAAUGCUGGUGCUGCGGCACAUCCCAUUCACUAAUAGUAUCUGUCUCUCAUUCCCCCUAUACUGUGGUGCAUGGAUGUGUAAUCAGUCUCUAAAUUACACUUGCAAGUUAGUUUUGCUACAGUAUCCCCUCAAGUCUGAAGCAAACAUCAGGCUCCCCAUUCAAUUCAACCCCAGUCUUUUUUUAGAAUAGCCUUUUCUUCUGCAAUUUAAUUUGUUAUUUCACCCUUGAAACAAAAUAUUUCUGCACACUCCUUUUUCUCUGAUCUGGUGAUUAGGUCGCUGCAGUCUGACUAAUACCACCUCAGAAUUAUUCUUUCAAAUGACCAGUUUUGUUUCCCCCUUUCUUUUCUAACCUUGCCAGUGCUUUGUCAUGAUGAAUAUUAAUCAUGUUUGGGCGCUUAAGAUGUGAAUAAUCCACAAAGCACCAGGUAUUUGAAUAAAUCCCCUCUCCACAUAUCACUCCUCUUAUAUCAUUAGUCUUCUACAAUUUAUCCCUGUUAUCAUUAGGCAUCUGUGUUUCAUUCACACCAGUGAACCAACAUGACAUUAACAUUCAAAGAUACAACCACAUUUUUGGACCUUGUCUAAGUGUAAAGUUCCACAUUAUCUUGCAUAACAUAAGGAUUAGAUUCUGCACUUCAAUUAUUUUGUCUCAUAGCCUUGAUUACAUAGUCAUUUUGUGGUGCCUUUUGUUUUGUGAGUCCCAUGCUUUAUUUGCUGCAUCACUAAGCUAUUAUCUCUAAGGUACAGUAAUUGGGAUUGACUUGCUUACAUACAGUAGAGCUUUGACAUUUUACGAACUUCUGUACAUGGCUGUAUACUGUAGGUGCUCAGAAUUUUGCCUAAAAAUAGAAAAGUUCUGAUCAACUCAAUCUAAGCAUACCCUCUAUGGGUAAUACAUUUUGCAUGCUCUUUGCAAAUUAUUAUUUUUCUGCUUCUGUCCUUUCAAGUUUAUUUCCAAUUUUAAAACAUGAUGGAUUUCAUUUGUAAAAGGUAAAACGUAAUACAAUCUUAGUCCAAGGUAAAGUUGAAGAGUAGUAACCAAGUCAGUACAUUGAAAAGUGUUAUUUGAUUGAUUCUUAUUUGAUCUUAGUAAUGAAAGAUGAAAUGGUUACUUCAAAAGACCCAAGGAAAAAUACCUCGUUGGCAUGAUACCAUUCAAGUUCCCAUAGUGUUGUGUUGUGAAGUAAUGUCUCAUUAUGUGUGCCAUACAUUAAGUAAAUGUGACAAGACAUUCGUGAUUAUUUUCCCAAAGCAAAUAACAAACAUUUCUCUCCCUAGAUAACAAAUAUUUAUUCAUUUGAAGUAACGUUUUGUUCAUGUAUUUACAUCUACAGUGGGGUCCGAAAUUAUUGACACCCUUGAUAAAGAUGAGCAGAAAUGACUGUAUAAAAUACGUAAUUCAAGUACUGAUUUAUAUUGUAUGUUCAAAAACAUUGGAACUUUUUUAGCAUACAAUAUAGGUCAGUAUUUGAAUUAUUUAUUAUAAGUCAGUUUUGCUCAUCUUUAUCAAGGGUGUCAAUAAUUUCAGACCCUACUGUAUGUGUACCUACAUGUACUUAAACGUUUUACUUUGUUUGAGUACUUCAAUCAACUCAAACAUUUAUAUUCUAACACUGUAAUACUUAACAUUGUUUUUCCCUUUACUGUUUGCUUCCACUAAUACAGAAAGCUACUGAAAUACUAAAGAAGGAGGAGAGAAAAAAGUUGUCUGAGAUGCAGGCUGAAUUAGACAAACAAAGACAGUUAGCUGAGGCACACGCAAAAGCUAUCGCUAAAGCGGAACAAGAAGCCCAAGAGCUGAAGGUGAAAAUGAAAGAAGAGGUCAGCAGGAGGGAAGUUGUGAAAGUGGAUUCUGAGAAACAGAAGCACAACAUACAGCAGGAGCUGCACGAACUCAAGAACCUGUCAGAGCAAGAGAUCCAAACCAAGAGCCAGCAGGUUGAGGAGGCACUGUAUAGUCGCACCAAGAUAGAAGAGGAGAUCCACAUCAUCAGAAUCCAAUUAGAGACUACCAUAAAGCAGAAGGCCACAGCUGAGGCCCAACUUCAGCAGCUCAGGGACAUGGCUGUCGAGGCUGAGAGACUGAGGAAAGUUGCUCAGGAGGAGGCAGAGAAGCUUCGCAAGCAGGUGAAUGAAGAGACUCAGAAAAAGCGCAACGCAGAGGAGGAGCUGAAACACAAAGCAGAGGCAGAACAAGAGGCUGCCAAGCAAAAGCAGAAGGCCCUGGAUGAGUUGCAGAAGUUCAAGAUGCAAGCUGAAGAGGCAGAGAGGCGCAUGAAACAGGCAGAGGAGGAGAAGCAGCGGCAGGUCAUGGUUGCAGAGGAGGUGGCACAGAAGAGUGCCGCCACCGAGCUGCAAACCAAACGCAUGUCAUUUAACGAGAAGGCAGUAAAGCUUGAGGAAUCACUGAAACAAGAACAGGACACUGUUAUUCAGUUGCAGGAACAGGCAGAGCGCCUCAAGAAGCAACAAGAGGAAGCCAACAAAGCCAGGGAGGAAGCAGAGAAGGAGCUUGAGAAGUGGAGGCAGAAAGCCAACGAGGCACUCCGUUUGAGACUCCAGGCUGAGGAAGAAGCCCACAAGAAGAGCCAGGCUCAGGAGGAAGCAGAGAAACAGAAAGAGAAAGCUGAGCGAGAGGCAAAGAAAAGGGCUAAGGCUGAAGAGGCUGCUCUUAAGCAAAAGGAAAUGGCAGAGAAGGAGCUGGAGAAACAGAGGAAAUUGGCAGAGGGAACAGCCCAGCAGAAACUCUCUGCAGAGCAAGAGCUAAUUCGCCUAAGGGCUGACUUUGACCAUGGUAAGCAACAGAGGUCUCUAUUGGAUGAAGAGCUCCAGCGCCUGAAAAAUGAGGUGAAUGCUGCAGUAAAACAAAGGAAACAGCUAGAAGAUGAACUGGCCAAAGUGAGAUGUGAAAUGGAAGUUCUUCUUCAGAUGAAGUCCAAAGCUGAGAAAGAGACCAUGUCUACAACAGAGAAAAGCAGAAAUCUCCUUGAGUCUGAGGCAUCGAAAAUGAGGCAACUAGCUGAAGAGGCGACUAAGCUGAGAUCAAUUGCUGAAGACGCAAAGAAGCAGAGGCAGGUAGCAGAGGAUGAGGCGGCUCGGCAAAGAGGAGAGGCUGAGUUGAUACUCAAGGAAAAACUGGCAGCCAUUAAUGAAGCAACCUGCCUGAAAACUGAAGCUGAGAUUGCCCUGAAGGAUAAAGAGGCAGAAAAUGAGCGACUUAGGAGAAAAGCCGAAGAUGAGGCUUAUCAGAGAAAGGUCCUAGAAGACCAAGCAAAACAGCACAAGCAAGACAUUGAUGAAAAGAUCACCCAGCUUAAGAAUACUUCUGAUUCUGAAUUGGAGAGGCAGAAGAAGAUUGUAGAGGAAACUCUUAAGCAGAGGAGGGUGGUUGAAGAGGAGAUUCGCAUACUAAAACUAAACUUUGAGGAGGCAUCAACAGGCAAGUUGGAUCUUGAGUUGGAGUUGAACAAGCUUAAAGGCAUUGCAGAUGAGACACAUAAGAACAAAGUCAAGGCUGAGGAAGAAGCAGAGAAACUCAGAAAGCUUGCUUUAGAGGAGGAGAACAAAAGGAAGCAAGCUGAAGAGAAAGUUAAAAAGAUCACUGCUGCAGAGGAAGAGGCAGCGCGACAAUGCCAGGCAGCUCAGAAAGAAGUUGAGCGCCUCAAAGAGAUUGCUGCCGAUGCUAACAAGCAAAAGGAGGAUGCUGACAAAGAAACAGAGAAACAGAUUAGUCUAGCCAAAGAGGCUGCACAGAAAUGUAGUGCUGCAGAAAAGAGAGCACAGGCUGUUCUGGUCAAGCAGAAAGAGGACAAUCUUUUCCAGGGCAAGCUCAAAGAGGAGUUUGACAAGGCUAAGAAACUUGUACAAGAAGCUGAGAAGGCCAAGGAGAAAGCUGAGAAAGAGGCUGCUUUACUCCGUCAAAAAGCAGAGGAUGCUGAGAAGCAGAAGAAAGCAGCUGAAUCUGAGGCUGCCAAACAGGCCAAGGCUCAGGGGGAUGCUGAGAGACUGAGGAUGGAAGCAGAGCAGGAGGCUGCAAAGCGAGCAGAAGCUGAGGCUGCUGCUCUGAAACAGAAACAGCAGGCUGACGCAGAGAUGGCCAAGCACAAAAAGCUAGCUGAACAAACAGUGAAGCAGAAGACACAAGUUGAGCAGGAGCUGACAAAGGUGAAACUGCGACUGGAUGAGACCGAUAAGCAAAAAUCUGUUUUGGAUGAAGAGCUUCAGCGCCAGAAGGAUGAAGUUAGCAAUGCUGUCAAGCAGAAAGCUCAAGUGGAGGAUGAGCUAUUUAAGGUCAAGGUCCAGAUGGAGGAGCUGGUCAAACUUAAGCUUAGAAUUGAGAAUGAGAACCAGCGUCUCAUGAGUAAAGAUAAAGAUAAUACUCAGACAUUCCUGGAAGAGGAAGCUGAGAACUUGAAGAAGUUGGCGGAGGAUGCUGCCAGGCUAAGCUUAGAAGCUAAGGAGGCUGCCCGAGAGAGACAGAUUACAGAGUCCGAGCUUGCAGAACAGAGGGCUCUUGCUGACAAAAUGCUGAAGGAGAAAAUGCAAGCUAUCCAAGAAGCAACUAAACUGAAAGCUGAGGCAGAGAAUCUCCAGAAACAAAAGGACAAGGCUCAGGAGCAGGCCCAAAAACUGCUGGAGGACAAGCAGCAGAUGCAGCAGCGUUUUGAGGAGGAGACAGAGGGCUUCCAAAAAUCCCUAGAGGCUGAACGCAAGAGGCAGCAUGAAGCUACGGCGGAGGCAGAGAAAUUGAAGCUAAGGGUGACACAGCUCAGUGAUGCUCAGUCUAAAGCAGAGGAAGAGGCCAAGAAAUUCAAGAAACAAGCAGAUGAGAUCAGGGUUCGUCUCCAAGAGAAAGAGAAACACGCUUCAGAAAAAGUCCUUAUAGAGAAACUGGAGGUGCAGAGAUUACAGAGCAGCAAAGAGUCUGAUGACCUACGCAAAGCCAUAGCUGACCUUGAGAAAGAAAAGGAGAAAUUACAAAAAGAGGCUGCAGAUUUACAGAAUAAGUCUAAAGAGGUAUUGUGGAAUGUGAAAUAAUCUUGUGAAAUAAUAAGUGAAAACCCUUUUGCAAAUAUCCAUAACCUUCUCAAAAACACUAACACAUAAAGGAGGUCCAAAUGUACUAUUCAUGUGAAUUGCAGAGACUGUCAACAAUACUAAGUGUCCAGCAAUUUCUCAUGAAUGACCAAAUGUUGCUGCAUUUCGUAAAUUCAAUUAUGUUUUCUAGCAUUUCAAAAUGAAACCGAUUUCGAAUACAUUUCCAUUCAUAGAAUACAGAAUACAAUUAUAUGCUGUAUAUACGAUACCAUUUAUAUAUAAAUAUAUGUAUUAUAUUAUUUAGCAGUUAUAAUCAGUGUAAUAGACCAUGUGCAAAAAGUUUGUUUGGAGUUGUAUUAAUUUUCUCUUAAUUUCUUUCCUAAUUAGAUGGCCAAUGCCCAACAGGAACAAAUUAAAAAGGAAAAGACUGUUCUUGAGCAGACUUUCCUGACAGAAAAACAAAUGUUGUUGAAAAAAGAAAAGCUCAUUGAGGAAGAGAAAAAUAAGCUUGAGAAACAGUUUGAGGAUGAGGUUAAGAAGGCCAAAGACCUCAAAGAUGAGCAGGAUCGUCAAAGGAAGCAGAUGGAACAGGAGAAGAAGAAACUCCACGCUACCAUGGAUGCCGCUGUGAAAAAGCAGAAGGAUGCUGAGGAGGAGAUGUGCAACAAGCAGAAAGAGAUGCAGGAUCUUGAAAAGAAAAGGCUUGAACAAGAGAAAUUGUUGGGAGAGGAGAAUGAAAAGCUUCGAGAGAAGCUGCAGCAACUUUCUACACUAAGAAAAUCUGCAACAUCCCACACUAAAGAAAUGGAGAUGCAAACUGAUGAGGUCCCUGAAGAUCAGCUAAUUGCAAUGACAAUGGUGGGAACUACAAAUAAAGUAUUUGAUGGGUCUGCAGUAGUAGAUGGUGAGAAGAAAAACGAAGAAUCACUAUUUGCUUUUGAUGGGAUUAGGGAGAAGGUUCCUGCCAGCAGGCUCCAUGACAUUGGUAUACUGAACAAGAAGGACUUUGAUAAGCUGAAAAAAGGCAAAACCACAGUGAAAGACCUGAGCAAGACUGAGAAAGUAAAAACAUGUCUCAAAGGCAAGAAUAGUGUUGGCGGAGUCUUGACUCCAGCCAAGCAAAAAAUGAGUGUGUAUCAGGCCAUGAAAGAGAAUAAACUUUCUCCUGGUGCUGCCAUAAUGCUUCUUGAAGCUCAGGCAGCAUCUGGGUACAUCAUCGAUCCAGUGAAAAACAGAAUGCUCACUGUGGAUGAAGCUGUAAAGGAGGAAUUAAUAGGUCCAGAACUCCAUAACAAAAUUCUUUCUGCAGAAAAAGCAGCUACUGGUUACAAAGAUCCUUAUACUGGAGACAAAAUCUCACUCUUUGAGGCCAUGAAAAAAGGUCUGGUUGAACAAGACCAGGCCGUUAGACUUCUGGAUGCUCAGAUUGCAACUGGUGGAAUAAUUGACCCUGUCAAUAGUCACCGUGUACCUCUCCAGACAGCCUAUAAGCAGGGCCAAUUGGAUGCUGAGAUGAACAAAACUCUAUCAAACCCUACUGAUGACUCAAAGUUAUUCAUUGACCCAAGCACCCAGGAGAGCCUCACUUAUCAGAAACUAUUGGAGAAAUGCACCCCAGAUGCAGAGACAGGCCUACUUAUGUUACCAAUCACAGAGAAAGCUACACAAAGUGACAAGACCUAUACAACGGAAGAAACUAAAGAUGUACUCACUAAAGCAAAUAUCUCUGUACCAUUUGGAAGAUUCCAAGGAAAGACUGUGACCAUUUGGGAAAUCAUUAACUCAGAGUAUUUCACAGAGGCACAGAGGAAGGAUCUGAUUCGUCAGUACAAGACCGGAAAAAUUACUGUGGAAAAAAUUAUCAAAAUUGUAAUUAGUGUCGUGGAAGACAAAGAGAAGAGGAAUGAAAUUGUGUUUGACGGUCUGAGGAUUCCUGUCACUGCAGCUGAACUUCUAGAAUCUAAGAUCCUCAAUAAAGACCUGUUCAACAAAUUGCAUAAUGGCAAAACAACUGUCAAAGAAAUCUCUGAGAUGGAGCCUGUUAAGAAAGCCUUAAGAGGAACACAUAGCAUUGCUGGAGUGAUCAUUGAGUCAACAAAGGAGAAAAUACCAUUCUAUCAAGCUGUAAAGAAACAGAUGCUCUCUCCCGAGACUGCAUUGACUCUUCUUGAGGCUCAAGCUGGGACUGGAUUUGUAAUUGACCCUGUCAAAAAUCAGAAGCUCACUGUGGAUGAAGCUGUUAGAUCAGGUCUUGUUGGCCCAGAGAUGCAUGAAAAACUUCUGUCUGCAGAGAGAGCUGUUAAUGGGUACAAAGAUCCCUACACUGGAAAGAAUAUAUCCCUAUUUGAGGCAAUGUUGAAAGACCUUAUUAAGAAUGACCAUGGUAUCCGUCUGCUAGAGGCUCAGCUUGCAACUGGAGGCAUAAUUGAUCCAGUCAAAAGUUAUCACAUCCCACAUGAUGUUGCCUGCAAACGUGGAUAUUUUGACGAUGAAACAAACAAGACCUUGAGCAACAACACUGAUGAAACUAAAGUCUUCUUUGAUCCUAACAUGUGGGAGAAUGCAUCUUAUGUACAACUCAUGAAAAAAUGUGUCACUGACAAAGAGACUGGUUUUCCAUUUCUUCCGCUCUCAGAGAAAGCAAUUCAAAAGUCAAAAGAGAAGCAAAAGUCAAAAGAGGAACAUCAAUACACUAAGGUCCAGAUCAAAGAUGCCCUGAACCAGGCAACUAUGGAGCUGCCGUAUGGACCUUUCAAAGGAAGGAAAGUCACUAUUUGGGAGAUCAUAAACUCUGAAUAUAUUACAGAGGAACAAAGAAUUGAGUUGAUUCGACAGUACAGAACUGGAACAGUGACUAUUGAAAGAAUGAUUACAAUCAUUGUCACAAUGGUUGAUGAAAAGGAGACCAAGAAACAGGAAAAGGAACAGGCCAGCUUUGAAGGGCUUAGGUCACCUGUCACUGCCAGCUCAUUGUUUGAAUCCAAAAUAAUUGAUAAAGCUACAUAUGAUCAACUCCAACAGGGUAAAAAGAAAGCCAAAGAAAUCAGUGACAUCGACUCAGUCAGGAAGUACUUGCAAGGAACAGAUGGACAGAUUGCAGGCAUCUAUAUGGGUGACUCAAAGGAAAAGGUUAGCAUUUAUCAAGCAAUGAAGAAGAACAUAUUGAGACAAAAUACAGGUCUUGCGUUGCUCAAGGCACAAGCAGCAACCGGUUUCAUUAUCGAUCCUGUCAAAAACCAGAGGUACACUGUGGAUGAUGCUGUGAAAGCAGGAGUUGUUGGUCCUGAGGUUCAUGAGAAACUUCUGUCAGCUGAGAAAGCAGUGACUGGUUACAGAGAUCCAUACACAGGCAACACGAUUUCCCUCUUCCAAGCCAUGAAGAAGGAGCUUGUGCUACGAGAACAUGCUAUUCCCCUGUUGGAAGCUCAGGUGGCCACAGGAGGGAUUAUUGAUCCAGUCAGCAGCCACUGUGUUCCAAAUGAUGUGGCUUUCCAACGUGGCUAUUUCAAUAAGCAGAUGGCUAAUAACUUCACUGACCCCUCAGGGGAUGUCAAAGCUUUCGUUGAUCCCAACAAUAAUGAAAGUUCCACCUACAAACAACUGCAAGAGAAAUGCAUAAGAGAUCCAGAGACCGGUCUGUGCUUCCUGCCGCUAUCAAAGGCUGAAGCUCAAAUUCCAGUGGAAAAGUCUUACAUAUACACAGAAGAACAGGCACAGAUAGACUUGACUAACACUCAAGUGGAUAUCCCUCAUCAAAGCUAUGCAGGGAAGCUAAUGACCCUAUGGGAUGUCAUGGGGUCAAACCUGCUCCCUGAGGAAGAAAAGCUAAGGCUCCUGGAACAGUAUCGCUGUGGGAAAAUCACAAAGGAGAGAAUGAUCAUCAUCGUCAUUGAAAUCAUUGAACAAAGGGAGAUACUGAAAGGAGAGCAGAGCAUGUCCUGUGAUGUGAUCAGACGAAGAGUCACUAUUGAGGAGCUCUACAGUUCUCGCAUUAUCGACCUUCAAACAUACAACAUGUUGAAGCAAGAGAAGAAGACUAUCCGUGAGGUAAUGGAAAUGCCGUCUGUAAAGCAGUAUUUGUUUGGCACUGGUAGUAUUGCUGGAAUCUUCUCAGACUCCCCCUCUAAGGUCAGUAUUUACCAGGCCAUGAAGAGAGGUCUCAUUAAGCCUGAUUUUGCUCUCAGUCUCCUGGAGGCCCAAGCGGCAACAGGAUUCAUCAUUGACCCUGUGAAAGAAGAAUUGUUAACAGUUGACGAAGCUGUGCGCAAAGGGCUAGUCGGCCCUGAAAUCCAUGACAAACUUCUCUCUGCCGAGAGGGCAGUCACUGGCUACAAGGAUCCUUACAGUGGAAAAGUAAUCUCUCUCUUCCAAGCGAUGAAAAAAUACCUUGUUCCUGAGGACUAUGCCUUGAGGCUUCUUGAAGCCCAGGCUUCCACUGGGGGCCUUAUGGAUCCAGAAUACUACUUCCACCUUCCCACAGAUGUUGCCAUGCAACGCGGAUACAUCAAUAAGGAAACACAUGACAGGAUCACGGAUCCAAACAGUGAUGUACAAGGUUAUGUUGAUCCAACCACAGAGGAGAGACAGACCUAUGCCCAGCUGCUGAAGAGAUGCAAAGUUGAUAAAGAGAGUGGUCUGCGAUUACUUUCACUGGCAGACAGAAGGCUGCUUUUCAAGGGUCUCAGAAAGCAAAUCACCUUAGAUGAGCUGCUUCGUUCGCAGAUUAUUGACCAAAAGACAUACAAUGAUCUCAUUGAAGGCCUUAUCUCAGUAGAAGAGGUCAGCAAAGAAGUGAAGAAGUACCUUGAGGGCACAAGCUGCAUUGCCGGAGUAUAUGUAGAAUCCAGCAAAGACCGUCUGUCCAUCUACCAAGCAAUGAAGAAGAACAUGAUAAGACCCGGGACAGCCUUUGAACUUCUUGAAGCUCAAGCUGCAACAGGAUAUAUAAUUGACCCAAUAAAGAACCUGAAGCUGAAUGUCGGUGAAGCUGUUAAAAUGGGAGUCGUUGGUCCAGAGUUCAAAGACAAGCUCAUCUCUGCUGAGCGUGCUGUUACAGGCUACAGGGAUCCAUACUCUGGCAAGACCAUCUCUCUAUUCCAGGCCAUGAAAAAGGGUCUCAUUCUGAAAGACCACGGCAUUCGCCUAUUGGAAGCCCAAAUUGCCACUGGUGGGAUCAUUGAUCCAGAAGAGAGUCACCGCUUGCCAGUCGAGAUGGCCUACACACGUGGCCUGUUUGAUGAGGAGAUGAAUGGCAUUCUUACAGACCCAUCUGAUGACACUAAAGGCUUCUUUGACCCUAACACUGAGGAGAACCUCACUUACCUGCAGCUGAUGGAGCGAUGCAUGAUUGACCCAGAAACUGGACUAGCACUUUUGCUGUUGAAAGAAAAGAAACGUGAGAGGAAGACAUCCUCUAAAUCGUCUGUGCGUAAACGCAGAGUAGUCAUUGUUGACCCAGAGACAGGCAAAGAGAUGUCUGUGUAUGAGGCAUAUCGCAAAGGACUUAUUGAUCACCAGACCUACAUUGAGCUUGCAGAGCAAGAGUGUGAGUGGGAGGAGAUUACUAUCUCCUCAUCUGAUGGUGUUGUGAAGUCCAUGAUCAUUGAUAGAAGGUCUGGCCGACAGUAUGACAUUGAUGAUGCAAUCAUAAAGGGCCUCAUUGACCAGUCUGCUCUGGAUCAGUACCGUGCUGGCACUCUGUCCAUCACAGAGUUUGCAGACAUGCUGUCCGGAAACAUAAGUGGCACCAGAUCCAGGUCAUCCUCCUUUGGGUCCACGUCAUCUUACUCCAGUAGCCCCGUCCCCUCUAUCAAACCCCCAGCAACGAUAUGGAAUGACCCAACAGAAGAAACCGGCCCUGUGGCUGGAAUACUGGAUACUGACACAUUAGAGAAAGUGUCCGUCACAGAAGCCAUGCACAGAAAUCUUGUGGAUAAUAUCACAGGUCAAAGACUGCUGGAGGCUCAGGCUUGCGCUGGUGGCAUCAUUGAUCCAAACACUGGAGAGAAGUUCUCAGUUGCAGAUGCAAUGAACAUGGGACUUGUGGAUAAGAUCAUGGUUGACCGAAUCAACCUGGCACAGAAGGCCUUCAAUGGAUUUGAGGAUCCCAGAACCAAAACAAAAAUGUCUGCUGCACAAGCAUUAAAAAAAGGGUGGUUGUACUAUGAGGCUGGUCAGAGAUUCCUGGAAGUACAAUAUCUAACUGGUGGUUUGAUCGAACCAGAGGUCACUGGCAGAGUUCCACUAGAUGUUGCUGUCAACAAGGGCACCCUAGAUGCACGUACUGCACAAAAGCUACGAGAUGUCAGUGGAUACUCCAAAUACCUCACCUGCCCCAAGACAAAGCUUAAGAUCUCAUACAAGGAUGCCAUGGAUAGAAGCAUGAUUGAGGAGGGUUCUGGUCUGCGUCUGUUGGAAGCCUCUUCUCAAUCAAGUAAAGGCCUUUACAGUCCCUACAGUGUUAGCGGUUCUGGGUCAGCAUCCGGUUCCCGGCCCGACUCAAGAACUGGCUCCAGGUCAGGCUCCAGACGAGGGAGCUUUGAUGCCACAGGCUCUGGUUUCUCCACUAACUUUUCCUCCUCCUCCUUCACAUCGACGAGCUAUGGGCGCAGAUAUGAUGCAGGAUCACACAGCGGACUUAGCAUGGAUGAGCUAGCACAGGCCCUGACAUCAUUAGCAAUGGGCAGGAACUGCAGUUCUAAAGAGAGAAUUUUCACCACAAUACAACCCAAUUACUCACCAGUUGCCUAA